AUGCUGGAACGUGUCCCAGUCACCGUUGGUGGCUACGUCAACUCCCUCAGAACCAGUGAAAAUCUCCAGGUUCUUACGGUGCGGCAUCGGCACAAUCUAUAGAGAGGACAGAAAGAUACAGAAGAUGGAAUUCGAUUUAGUACAGUUGAAAAGCUAUAUCCCAACUUUAAAUUAGUGACAUCAAUGCAUGAUGUACGCAAAAGUCUCAGUUGUGUCUAGGUGUUUAAGAGUGUGUGUAGGAACUAACCGAGUCGAUGAGUGUGUAUGGGGACUGGACAUCACUGAGUGCAGAGUAGAGGGGCAAGCUCAGACAAACAGUGUAGUCCAUCCCUGCCUUGAAACACUGGUCUGGGGAGCACCAAAUAUCUGAGAAUGCGAGAGAGAGAUGGAUGUCACAAAACACUGCACUAAUUCACAUACAGGAAAAGUGUGUGCAAACAAAACACAGGCAUGUAAUACAGGGUGUAUACAGACUCACAGUAGACUCAUAUACACAAAACGUAUAUCCUACACUACAAACACUUGCAUAUACAGACCCAUGACUCACUCUCUCACACGCAACAAACAUACACAGAGAGAGAGACUAGGUGUGUGUUUACCGUGAUCCAGGGUGAAGGAAUAUCAUCUGGUUGUCGUCAUCAGGCAUGGUGUUGCCACAGCGGCUGUUUGUUGAGAUCACACUGGGAUGCAUCACUGUUAUCAACAGCUCCUCCCACUGGUCCGGUAACUAAGCCAACACAACAGGUACAUAGACAUUGGAGUUUGAUACCCCUGGUCAGGACUCCACUGAGGAAAGUGGUCGGAUACAUAUGUGCUGAGUUGUGUAAGGCACAAGAUGAGCUAGGGAACACCCAUGAUCCCAAAAGCCUUAGAAGAAAGUUACGUCAAGGUCAAAGGUGACUCACAGGUCCAAACCUGGCGUCCUCUGCCUCGUAGGUGUAGUGGUCCAGGGCGAUGAAGUAGAAAGCUGACCCCACCUUGUCAGACAAAUGUUCUCUACACACACACUGACCCGUCUCCUGAGAACUACUGCAGUGAGAUAGAGAGUAAAAAUAGACAGAGUUCAAUUGGAGUUGAAAAGUUUUAACAUCUUAAUAUUGCAUUCAAGGUAACAGUCCAUUUUAGGACUGCAGCUUUAUUAAGAGGCAACUAUGGAUAAUCAUUUAGCCAAAUAAGUGAUAAUAUACUAUGUGGGACUGAUCCAAGCUGUACUAAUCCACGCCACUCGUCAGUCAGUAUGGCUCAGUAUUGAACAGCCUGCUGUAAUUUCAUGCCCAACCCUCGUCGUGGGGAGCUAUCCUCCUAUUGGUUUUCACUUCAUCCCUUACCUAACCUACUUGUACACAUUCAGUAUAGAACCAUCCUCUGUAUAGAACCAUCUUUCUAACCAAAUAGGAAGCAGUUGGUCAACGUCAAUAACAUCAUCCUAUCUACGUGACAAAUGUCCAUACAGCGUCAGUACCACUCUCAGUACCACUACUUAUUUAGUUAUGGGGGGUGAUUGAUACCUGCAGGAAGUCCCCAGAGUGCUGUACAUUGAGGAGAGCCAAGGUACUUGGAACAGAGUUGACUCCUGUAUCUCUUAUCUCUAUUAACUAAGCAGAGAACAACCUCCCCAUCACAUAGUGAAAGUGGGCUUGUAUGGAGAUGGCGAAGUAGUGCAGUCCUGUUUCUGUCGUGUGUCUGUAAAUAGCCUGUAAAUACCCUGUUUUUUUUGUAUUUUUCGUACAUGUUUCCCUAUCAGACUUUUCAUCCUUCUAGAAAAUAUACUUUCCUGCAACCCGCCUCACUCAAUGUGGAACGGAUUCUAUUGUUGACUUACCUUUGUCUAGAAUCUAGAAUCUCCAGUUGAAACUAGCUAGCCAGUUUCAGCUAACUAGCUACUUGCUAUUAGCCACAGCUAGCGGUGUUUCACUCAGAACAUUGGAUUUUUUUUCCGCGGGAUUAAUUUUAAUCACUGGACAUUGAUCACCGGAUAUUCGGCCAGUCUGCACAGCGCGUUAUCGACCCAGAACAUAUCAGUUUUUCCGCCGGAAUCACUGAAUCACUGGACCUUUAACUCCGGAUUCAUCGCUACCAGCUGGCUACAACAAAACGGACGCUGUGGUCUGGCUAAUCAUCCUGAGCUAGGCCCAUCUCCCGGCUAUCUACCUCUCUGUCAACCGGACGGGACCACCUAGUGUUGACACGAAGCCCCGCCGAUCCUACACGACUGGUCUGCCGACGAAAUCGUCUGAUGUGGUUACGACGUUAACCACGAAGAUUCCAUCCAUCUGCUAGCCCUUACUAGCCCCUGCUAACCCUCUUACUCACUAGCGCUUCACCACCGGACCUUAUGAUAACUCAGCUAUACAGCUGAUAUCUGCUGGACUGUUCCUUUUUACGGUACUACAUCCUGUUUAUGUUUAGCCUCAGCCCAAACAUGGUUAGUUUAUUGUUGUUUCGGUUAUUUCUAAUUGUACUAUAUCACUGUAGACCCCCCAGCCUAGCUAAACCUGCCUUAGAUAGCUAUUUUGUCCCUCCCCCCAUACACUCAGAGACCGACUCAAUUGAUGCCUCUAGAGAUACUAUCUCUUUCAUUGUUACCCAACGCUUAGGUUUACCUCCACUUUACUCAUAUCCUUCCAUAUCCUUGUCUGUACAUAAUGCCCUGAAUCUUUUCUAUAACACCCGGAAAUCUGCCCCCUUUAUUCUAUGUACCCAACGCACUAGAAGACCAGUUCUUAAAGCCUUUAGCCGUAUCCUUAUUCUAGUCCUCCUCUGUUCCUCUGGUGAUGUAGAGGCUAACCCAGGCCCUGCAGCCCUCAGUAUCACUCCUACUCCCCAGGCGCUAUCAUUUGAUGACUUCUGUAAUCGCAAAAGUCUUGGUUUCUUGCACAUAAAUAUCAGAAGUCUACUUCCUAAGUUUGAGUUAUUCACUGCGUUAGCACACUCUGCCAACCCUGAUGUUCUAGCAGUGUCUGAAUCCUGGCUCAGGAAGGCCACCAAAAAUUCUGAAAUUUCCAUCCCCAACUAUAACAUUUUCCGUCUAGAUAGAACUGCCAAAGGGGGUGGAGUUGCAAUCUACUGUAGAGAUAGCCUGCAGAGCUCUAUCAUACUAUCCAGGUCUGUGCCCAAACAGUUUGAGCUUCUACUUCUAAAAAUCCACCUUUCCAGAAAUAAGUCUCUCACUGUUGCCGCUUGCUACAGACCCCCCUCAGCCCCCAGCUGUGCCCUGGACACCAUAUGUGAAUUGAUUGCCCCCCAUUUAUCCUCAGAGUUUGUACUGCUUGGUGACCUAAAUUGGGAUAUGCUUAAUACCCCAGCCAUCCUACAAUCCAAGCUAGAUGCCCUCAACCUCACGCAAAUUAUCAACGAACCUACCAGGUACAACCCUAAAUCCGUAAACAUGGGUACCCUCAUAGAUAUCAUCCUGACUAACACACCCUCUAAAUACACCUCAGCUGUCUUCAACCAGGAUCUCAGCGAUCACUGCCUUAUUGCCUGCGUCCGUAACGGGUCCGCGGUCAAACGACCACCCCUCAUCACUGUCAAACGCUCCCUAAAACACUUUUGCGAGGAGGCCUUCCUAAUUGACCUGGCCCAGGUAUCCUGGAUGGAUAUAGAUCUCAUUCCGUCAGUAGAGGAUGCCUGGUUGUUCCUUAAAAGUAAUUUCCUCUCAAUCUUAAAUAAACAUGCCCCAUUCAAAAAAUACAGAACUAAGAACCGAUAUAGCCCCUGGUUCUCCUCAGACUUGACUGCCCUUGACCAGCACAAAAACAUCCUGUGGCAUACAGCAUUAGCAUCAAAUAGCCCCCGCGAUAUGCAACUUUUCAGGGAAGUUAGGAACCAAUAUACACAAGCAGUCAGGAAAGCAAAGGCUAACUUUUUCAAACAGAAAUUUGCUUCCUGUAGCACUAACUCCAAAAAGUUUUGGGACGCUGUAAAGUCCAUGGAGAAUAAGAGCACUUCCUCCCAGCUGCCCACUGCACACUAUCACCACCGAUAAAUCUACAAUAAUCGAGAAUUUCAACAAGCAUUUUGCUACAGCUGGCCAUGCUUUCCAUCUGGCUACCACUAACCCGGCCACCAACUCUGCACCCUCUGCUGCAACUUGCCCAUGCCCCCCCCCCCCGCUUCUCCUUCACACAAAUUCAGACAGCUGAUGUUUUGAAAGCGCUGCAAAAUCUGGACCCCUACAAAUCAGCUGGGCUAGACAAUCUGGACCCUUUCUUUCUAAAACUAGCCGCCGAAAUUGUCGCAACCCCUAUUACUAGUCUGUUCAACCUCUCUUUCAUAACGUCUGAGAUCCCCAGAGAUUGGAAAGCUGCCGCGGUCAUCCCCCUCUUCAAAGGGGGUGACACUCUAGAUCCAAACUGCUACAGACCUAUAUCCAUCCUGCCCUGCCUUUCGAAAGUAUUCGAAAGCCAAGUUAACAAACAGAUCAUCGACCAUUUCGAAUACCACCGUACCUUCUCCGCUAUGCAAUCCGGUUUCCGAGCUGGUCACGGGUGCACUUCAGCCACGCUCAAGGUCCUAAACGAUAUUAUAACCGCGAUUGAUAAUAGACAGUACUGUGCAGCCGUCUUCAUCGACCUGGCCAAGGCUUUCGACUCUGUCAACCACCGCAUUCUUAUUGGCAGACUAAAUAGCCUUGGUUUCUCAAAUGACUGCCUCGCCUGGUUCACCAACUACUUCUCAGAUAGAGUUCAGUGUGUCAAAUCGGAGGGCCUGUUGUCUGGACCUAUGGCAGUCUCUAUGGGGGUGCCACAGGGUUCAAUUCUUGGGCCGACACUUUUCUCUGUGUAUAUCAAUGAUGUCGCUCUUGCUGCUGGUGACUCUCAGAUCCACCUCUACGCAGACGACACCAUUUUGUAUACAUCUGGCCCUUCAUUGGACACUGUGUUAACAAACCUCCAAACGAGCUUCAAUGCCAUACAACAAUCCUUCAGUAGCCUUCAACUGCUCUUAAACACUAGUAAAACUAAAUGCAUGCUUUUCAAUCGAACGCUGCUAGCACCCGCCCACCCGACUAGAAUCACCACUCUCGACGGGUCUGACCUAGAGUAUGUGGACAACUACAAAUAUCUAGGUGUCUGGUUAGACUAUAAACUCAACUUCCAGACUCACAUAAAGAAUCUCCAAUCCAAAGUUAAAUCUAGAAUCGGCUUCCUAUUUCGCAACAAAGCCUCCUUCACUCAUGCUGCCAAACAUGCCCUCGUAAAACUGACUAUCCUACCGAUCCUUGACUUCGGCGAUGUCAUUUACAAAAUAGCCUCCAACACUCUACUCAGCAAAUUGGAUGUAGUCUAUCACAGUGCCAUCCGUUUUGUCUCCAAAGCCCCAUACACUACCCACCACUGUGACCUGUACGCUCUUGUUGGCUGGUCCUCACUACAUGUCCGUCGUCAAACCCACUGGCUCCAGGCCAUCUAUAAAUCACUGCUAGGCAAAUCCCCGCCUUAUCUUAGCUCAUUGGUCACCAUAGCAGCACCCACCCGUAGUCUGCGCUCCAGCAGGUAUAUCUCACUGGUCAUUCCCAAAGCCAACACCUCCUUUGGCCGCCAUUCCUUCCAGUUCUCUGCUGCCAAUGACUGGAACGAAUUGCAAAAAUCUCUGAAGCUGGAGACUCUUAUCUCCCUCAAUAACUUUAAGCAUCAGUUGUCAGAGCACCUUACCGAUCACUGCACCUGUACACAGCCCAUCUGAAAUUAGCCCACCCAACUACCUCAUCCCUAUAUUGUUAUUUAUUUUGCUCUUUUGCACCCCAGUAUCUCUAUUUGCACAUAAUCUCUUGCACAUCUAGCAUUCCAGUGUUAAUACUAUUGUAAUUAUUCUGCACUAUAGCCUAUUUAUUGCCUUACCUCCAUAACUUGCUACAUUUGCACACACUGUAUAUAUAUUUUCUGUUGUAUUUCUGACUUUAUGUUUUUUUACCCCAUAUGUAACUCUGUGUUGUUUUUAUUGCACUACUUUGCUUUAUCUUGGCCAGGUCGCAGUUGUAAAUGAGAACCUGUUCUCAACUGGCUUACCUGGUUAAAUAAAGGUUAAAUAAAAAAAUAAAAAAAAGAAGAUGGUUAGAGGUCAUUCUCUUUUAUUGUAACUGCACAUAAACUGCCAGAGUAAAAGUAAUCAAAUAGACUGUAUCUCAAAGUAUGCCAUUAGCGGUUUACAAUAUUGACUAUUUUGUUCGGAAUUUGAUCUCUCUUGGCUCCCCCUCACCCCAUCUCAAUCAAGGGCAUCUUCCUCAGUGAGAGCCUUCCCUGUCUGUUCUUUUUAUUUCAUUUUUUUAGCAGACUCUCUUAUCCAGCGCGACUUACAGGAGCAAUUAGGGUUAAGUGCCUUGCUCAAGGGCACAUCAACAGAUUUUUCACCUAGUCGACUCAGGGAUUAGAACCAGCGACCUUUCGGUUACUGGCAUAAUGCUCUUAACCACUAAACUGUUCUCACCCUGCCUCUCCCUCCUCUACCACACCCUCCCAGUCAUGCUGGUCUUCCAAGUCCUCCAUCUCUAAAUACCCCAUUAAUUUAGCCAGCGAGCUACAGUGCUUUUGGUUAAUCCAAAGAUUCUGGUAACUGUCUACAGCAAUGAUUUUCUGCUCACUCAAAGUCACACUUACAACUCAAGUUUAAUUGACGCACCCCCGCAGCCUGUGCACUCGCGGGACCCAUCCUCUGCUUGCUCGACCACAUUCUGCGCUCUUGACUGGUCUGUGCGCUCCCAGCACUCAUCCUCUGCGCUCACUGUUUGCUUGCUCAAUGAUGUUUCAUCUUGCUCGACAGUGCCAUCUCGCGCGCAAUGGACUUUAGAGGCUGAUUUGACGCCAUAGGGAUGGUAGCACUGCCACUAGUCCAGCCCCUCAGAGCCUGGUUCCUCUCUGGGUUUCUUCCUAGGUUUCUGCCUUUCUAGGGAGUUUUUCCUGGCCACCGUGCUUCUACAUCUGCAUUGCUUGCUGUUUGGGGUUUUAGGCUGGGUUUCUGUAUAGCACUUUGUGACAUCUGCUGAUGUAAAAAGGGCUUUAUAAAUACAAUUUGAUUGAUUGAUUGAUCAAUACUCUGUUUAGAAAGCUGGAUGUAAAGCAUCUGAAUGGCUUCAUCAUUGACAGGUCUUUGUAGUUCUUCCUGUACAGGAGGUGAAUGUGCUAUUGAGUUCUGUAUCAACAUAUUGAUCUGUGUUACAGCACUGAAACACCCAAAAUAGCAUGUCGUAAACUCCAUCCACUAUUACACAUUGGCGCGCGUGCUUGUCCUUGUGCAUGUGCAUGCGACUGUGUGUUUGUGAGUAAUCCGUCUGACUCAGCCGGUUGAAGACACAUCUCUGUGUUACCGGAAUGUGAAGUGACUGGUUCCUAUUUCCUGACGCCUUGAGUGACCGAGAGGUCAAACUAUAGUAGUUCUGAUAUGGACAUGUAUUACAUUACUACACACAUGGCUACGGGGGAGCAGAAUAGGCCUAGACAUCAGUAGUACAGAAUGUAAUUCACACUGAGUCCAGACUGCUAGGACAGACACUCACGGUACUGGCAGUGAUUAUAAUGGGCCUGGUGUUCUGGUGUUGUCUGUUACUCCAGUGAGGAUGGACAGGGAAGGACUAGGACCAGCAAACAGCCUGGGCCCCCCGUUAUUAGCUAAAUGAUGAUCAUUCUGCACAAAAACACACAUUUAGACAGGCCCACUGGGUUAAAGAUGGCGCAGCCCAUCCAGCAUUUGCCCAAACUGCACUAUGCCCGAUCAGUUUCUGAGGAUGGAGCUAGAGGUCUCAGCAGAGUGAGUCCUCUCAUAACCAGCCCAGCGCUCAUCAGUCAUCCACAGGUACCGCCUGCCUCCUACACCCAGCUCCUGCCACAAUAUUGAUGAUGCAAGCACUCUGAACGAGUGCAGCACACCCCCGUGGCCCUCCUGUCUCUCCCAAACCAUAUUCCUUCAUCAGCUCCCUGCCUAUUAAGGUUUGAUCAUUCACUCUAUGCUGCCUCUAGUGCUGUGUUCCUGCAUGGUCCCUCCCUCUCUCCUUUCAGUGAAGUGUGCUCCUAAGCCCCCUCCCCCUGGCUUUAACCAUCCUGGGUUGUGGCUGACUACUUUCCCUAUUCCUUUUUAGUGCACUACUUUUGACCAGGGGAUGGCACCCUGCUGCCUAUAUAGUGUACUGCUUUUGACCGAGCCCUAUGCACUACAUAGGGACUAAGGUGCCAUUUGAGACAAAGUCCUGCCCCCUGAGCCAGUGUGGUAUUAUCGAAAGCCGGAGAUACCAUCACCUGGAUGGGAUGAUGCACUUAUUUAAGAGGAAAUCGCUUGGCACAUGGAAUGCUGGGUAAACACUUUCCCCUGUUCCUCCCUGUUCCCUGAGUGUCACCUUGACGUCCAAGCAGCCAAUCCUGCUCCCCACGCCAGAGAAUCCAUUAAUUCAGUACGUGACCGAUCGCUCCCGCGCACUCACACUUCCAAAAAUGUAUGGAUUAUGGAAACGCGUGCGCAUCCAGGAACGCACGUAAACACACACGUACAUAUUCAUUCACUCAUUCUUUCAAUCUCUCAAUUACCCGUUCACGUUUUCAUUUUUUUCUCCCCUUUAUCUCUCAUUUUCUCUCUCUUUCUCUCCCUCUCUCUCACUCUCCCUUUCUCUCUGCUUCCGUUCUUCAUUAUCAGUUAGAGUGGGAAGCAGUGGCAGGAGUCGAACACAGAUUCUAACAGUACAUCUUUUGUCAUGUCUUUCUUUGUGUACAAUUGUCAAUUGUGUAGUAGGAGAAAGCAGUCGUAGUGUAUAGGAAGAUGAUUUAAUAGACUUUCUGUUCCUGUGAGUGAUGUGACAUUUACAGACAGAUGGCUGUGAAGCAGCAGCCUUUUGUUCCAGUUAAAGAAUGAACACAGUUACAGAUUGAGUCACAAACAAACUACUGGCUCUCUCCUCUCUGUGUACGUCCCAAAUGGCACCCCAUUCCUUGUAUAGUGCACUGUGUAGGGAAUAGGGUUCCAUUUGGGAUGCUACCUGUAUUCCUGAAUGUCAAUAAUGCAGUCUGUCACAGGAGAUUAGGAAAAAAAAUUAAAAUCCAAGAUACGGACAUCUGAUAAUAUGGACCAGGAAAAGAUAUGUUGUGAGAUAAAGUCAUUUCCAUCUUCAUAGUACUGGUUCGGAAUAGGAUCUGACCAUGGAAUUUGAAUUAUAUUUCUAUGGAUUCAUGCACAAUGUUUUUAUGGGAUAUGAAAUUAGCAGAUAUAAUUGAAAUAUAUCAAAUACAAUUACCUGCAUCAUUUCUAAUCCCCCUUUUUUGUAUAUAUAUAUAUAUAUAUAUAUAUAUAUAUAUAUAUAUAUAUAUAUAUAUAUAUAUAUACAGUACCAGUCAAAAGUUUGGACACACCUACUUAUUCGAGGGUUUUGCUUUAUUUUUACUAUUUUCCACAUUGUAGAAUAAUAGUGAAGACAUCAAAACUAUGAAAUAACACAUAUGGAAUCAUGUAUUAACCAAAAAAGGGUUACACAAAUGAAUAUAUUUUAUAUUUGAGAUUCUUCAAAGUAGACACCCUUUGCCUUGAUGACAGCUUUGCACACUCUUGGCAUUCUCUCAACCAGCUUCAUGAGGAAUGCUUUUCCAACAGUCUUGAAGGAGUUCCCACAUAUGCUGAGCACUUGUUGGCUGCUUUUCCUUCACUCUGCGGUCCAACUCAUCCCAAACCAUAUCAAUUGGGUUGAGGUUGGGUGAUCGUGGAGACCAGGUCAUCUGUUGCAGCCCUCCAUCACUCUCCUUUGUCAAAUAGCCCUUACACAGCCUGGAGGUGUGUUUUAGGUCAUUGUCCUGUUGAAAAACAAAUGAUAGUCCCUGUCGUGACUUGACUUUAACAUUCAUCUGAAGACUGUUAUUUAUCUAAUUAACUAACUAUGUUUAAUUGUUACCCGAUUCAAUUAAUCAUGUAACAAUUAACUCAUUAGGAUCUGGGGCACCACGAGAGCAGUCCCUUUAAAGAGUUACCAUCUCCCGAAUUAAACUCUAAAAUGUCUUUACAUAUCACAUCUAUAAACAGUCAACUUAUUAAUCAUAACCUCGUAUCAUAUCAUCAUUCUGAACAGUCGUAACCUCCUUGCAUCUGAAAAAACCCGAGCCUUAUUUAUGUUUCAGUACUACACAAAUUGGUUUAAUUAUUUAUUUACUAGCUAAUUAAAUGGGAACACAGGAUAAACACACACACUCUGCACCAGUUAUUGACUGGAGACUUAAUACGUUGAAAACAGGUCCCUAGCGGAAUGACAACAACAUGGGUGCUAGUUAAAGAAGAGAGGAAGAGGGAGAGAGAGAGGGACAGAGACACUUACAAUUGCCACAUUCAGAAAAUACUCUCACCUACAGUAACCAUGUACUUUGCGCACAAACCGCCACCCGCUUUGAGCAAGAAAUCAUGAAUGUAUUUACGUGAAAUGCCUGCAUUCACCGGGGAUCUCUCGGUGAACGGGGUAGCCUUGGAAAGGGGGUUGGGCCCUUUCGCGACAUGCUUGUAAGGCUCUGAUGGUCCAAAAUGGUUCCAACAACUCUUCUCCUGUUGUCCUUCUUCGUAGUUGUCCGGUAUGACUUGUCGUGUGGUCCUGAAUAGAACUACAGAGUUGAUUUUCCUUCCAUUUGCUCUUGAAGAUGCUUCAUUGGAGAUAGGCUAGACAGCCGUAUCGAUGGUUCCCCCAUGGGGUGAUGAGAGUAGCAUAAUACGAUGGUUUGAGCAGAGUAACAGGAUUGUCCUACUUAAAUUUGCUUUGUAAGAUACUUUGCUUAGGACAGCUAAUCAGCUGUACCAGUGAUUGUACGGAAGGUGAGUUUAUCGUCUUCACCUCGUGUUGAGAUUCAAAGUUCAAACCAUUUUAAACGUGAAGCGGCUUUUCUGGUCUAAUGUGUUAAUUCGUAACCCCUCCUUUAUACCUUUUUCUAGAAAGGGGCGGUUCCGGCAGGCUGGCAUGCUCCCUGGGGCGGUGAUUACUCAUUGUGCAAAGUCUUAUGGAAAAUAAUUAUCUCUUAUAUCUUCUCAAAUCGCAUCCCUCUCUUAACAAAAAUACUUUCAUAAUUGUUCAUAUUACAUGCACAACGUAUAGUAUUGGAACGUCAUAUAUGUAGUGGAUAUACUUUCCAAGUUACAGUAUUUCCUUUAUAACAUUUUUUAUGACAUCACAAAAUAACAAACAAAAUGACCUUAGUGUCCUAUAGAUCGCCUCUGACCAUUCCCCACGUUCUACGUUAGAAAUAUUGUUCCAGUAUUCGCGUUUGAAUGUGGUAGAGUUUCAGCAGGAAAAAGUAUGUUGGAACAAAGAACAUUCCUUUGGUAAAUCUUGAGAGUGCAGGCCUGAUUCUUCUCCCCUGAUUUACAACAGGGCGUGAGUUGUUAAUUCCCCCUAGUUCUUUCCUUCCCCUCUAUGGGUGAGAGGGGGUCUGAUUUAAGUUAUUCAUUGUAAACCUGAUCUGACCUAUUUGGAUUCUCGUGGACAGUCAUGACAGUCCCCUUCUGGUGGGUUCAAUCUUGGAAGGAUUCUGCAAGUUGCAACCCACCACAAGAAUGACCACAGGAAUCCUGGUUGUGGAUCGUUGUGACAGUCCCCCUCUGGUGGUUUAACCUAGUAGGAUUUAUGCGAGCUGCAGAACACCACAAGAAUGGCCAUGGAAUGUCCUGGUUGUGUAUCGUCGUUCCGGACCCGUUGUCCAGGCUGGUGGAUUUUGGCAGUAAUGUAGGCAGACGUUAAUAACACACAACACACGCUAUACAUCGUUACAUUUCUUCCCCAAAUUAGCGGCAUUGUGGCACUAAUUGGUGGUUGUAUGGGGAACUUGUUUGUGGCAGUAUCACUUCCUAAGUGUCAAAGAAAAUAAAUAAUUACAAAUGUCAAGAAUAAAAACACAAACAAAAGAUACAAAAUAUAGUUACCACACCUUAAUCAUCUAAUUGGACUCUAUUCUAUAUACGUCCACGGUCUUGGCAAAAUUACUGUCUUAUGUCAGAUCUAGGGUGAUCCUCCUUAGUGGUGUGUUGCUUAGGGCACUAUCCUAAGUUGAUAACUACAUGAUAAGGCUACAGCUGUAAGGCACCAGCUUCGGACAUUCUACAGGAAUGACCUAUGGACCUCUGGGGAGAAAUUCAUUGCAAACCUGAUCUGACCUAUUUGGAUUCUCGUGGACAGUCAUGACAUCCCACUAAGCGCAAACCGAUGGGAUGCUGUAUCGCUGCAGAAUGCUAUGGUAGCCAUGCUGGUUAAGUGUGCCUUCUAAAUAAAUCACUGACAGUGUCACCAGCAAAGCACCCCCACACCAUUACACCUCCUCCUCCAUGCUUCAUGGUGGGAACCACAGAUGCAGAGAUCAUCCGUUCACAUACUCUGCGUCUCACAAAGACACGGUGGUUGGAACCAAAAAUCUCAAAUUUGGACUAAUCAGACCAAAGGACAUAUUUCCACCGGUCUAAUGUCCAUUGCUCGUGUUUCUUGGCCAAAGCAAGUCUCCUUUUUUUUGGUGUCCUUUAGUAGUGGUUUCUUUGCAGCAAUUCGACCAUGAAGGCCUGAUUCACGCAGUCUCCUCUGAACAGUUGAUGUUGAGAUGUGUCUGUUACUUGAACUCUGUGAAGCAUUUAUUUGGGCUGCAAUAUGAGGUGCAGUUAACUCUGAUGAACUUAUCCUCUGCAGCAGAGGUAACUCUGGGUCUUCCUUUCCUGUGGCGGUCCUCAUGAGGGCCAGUUUCAUCAUAGCACUUGAUGGUUUUAGCGACUGCACUUGAAGAAACUUUAAAAGUUCUUGACAUUUUCCGGAUUCACUGACCUUCAUGUCUUAAAAUAAUGAUGGACUGUCGUUUCUCUUUGCUUAUUUGAGCUAUUGUGUGCAGAUUGAUGAGGGAAAACAUGUAUUUAAUCCAUUUUAGAAUAAGGCUAUAAGGUAACAACAUGUGGAAAAAGUCAAGGGGUCUGAACACUUUCCGAAUGCACUGUAUUUUGGUGGAGGAGGAAUAAUGGUCUGGGGUUGUUUUUCAUGGUUUGGGUUAGGCCCCUUAGUUCCAGUGAAGGGAAAUCUUAACACUACAGCACACAAUGACAUUCUAGACGAUUCUGUGCUUCCAACUUUGUGGCAACAGUUUGGGGAAGGCCCUUUCCUGUUUCAGCAUGACAAUGCCCCCGUGCACAAAGCAAGAUCCAUACAGAAAUGGUUUGUCGAUAUCGGUGUGGAAGAACUUGACUGGCCUGUACAGAGCCCUGACCUCAACCCCAUCGAACACCUUUGGGAUUAAUUGGAACACCGACUGCGAGCCAGGCCUAAUCGCCCAACAUCAGUGCCCGACCUCACUAAUGCUCUUGUGGCUGAAUGGAAGUCCCCACAGGUCUCCACAUACUUUUGGUCAUAUAGUGUGUAUAAAAAAAUCGAUACGCCAUCCCAUCUGGUUUGGGCUUAGUGGGACUAUCAUUUGUUUUUCAACAGGACCAUGACCCAACACACCUCCAGGCUGUGUAUGGGCUAUUUUACCAAGAAGGAGAGUGAUGGAGUGCUGCAUCAGAUGACCUGCCUCCACAAUCCCCCGACCUCAACCCAAUUCAGAUUGUUUGGGAUGAGUCGGACGGCAGAGUGAAGGAAAAGCAGCCAACAAGUGCUCAGUGUAUGUGGGAACUCCUUCAAGACUGUUGGAAAAGCAUUCCAGGUGAAGCUGGUUGAGAGAAUGCCAAGAGGGUGCAAAGCUGUCAUCAAGGCAAAGGGUGGGUAUUUGAAAAUCUCAAAUAUAAAAUAUAUUUUGAUUUGUUUAACACUUUUUUGGUUACUACAUGAUUCCAUAUGUGUUAUUUCAUAGUUGUGAUAUCUUCACUAUUAUUCUACAAUGUAGAAAAUAGUAAAACAUUUAGAAAAACCCUUGAAUGAGUAGGUGUGUCCAAACUUUUGACUGGUAGUGUACAGUGAGGGAAAAAAAUAUUUGAUCCCCUGCUGAUUUUGUACGUUUGCCCACUGACAAAAACAUGAUCAGUCUAUAAUUUUAAUGGUACGUUUAUUUGAACAGUGAGAGACAGAAUAACAAACAAAAAAUCCAGAAAGAUGCAUGUCAAAAAUGUUAGAAAUUGAUUUGCAUUUUAAUGAGGGAAAUAAGUAUUUGACCCCUCUGCAAAACAUGACUUAUUACUUGGUGGCAAAACCCUUGUUGGCAAUCAUAGAGGUCAGAUGUUUCUUGUAGUUGGCCACCAGGUUUGCACACAUCUCAGGAGGGAUUUUGUUCCACUCCUCUUUGCAGAUCUUCUCCAAGUCAUUAAGGUUUCGAGGCUGACUUUUGGCAACUCGAACCUUCAGCUCCCUCCACAGAUUUUCUAUGGGAUUAAGGUCUGGAGACUGGCUAGGCCACUCCAGGAGCUUAAUGUUCUUCUUCUUGAGCCACUCCUUUGUUGCCUUGGCCGUGUGUUUUGGGUCAUUGUCAUGCUGGAAUACCCAUCCACGACCCAUUUUCAAUGCCCUGGCUGAGGGAAGGAGGUUCUCACCCAAGAUUUGACUGUACAUGCCCCGUCAAUCGUCCCUUUGAUGCAGUGAAGUUGUCCUGUCCCCUUAGCAGAAAAACACCCCCAAAGCAUAAUGUUUCCACCUCCAUGUUUGACGGUGUUCUUGGGGUCAUAGGCAGCAUUCCUCCACCUCCAAACACGGCGAGUUGAGUUGAUGCCAAAGAGCUCGAUUUUGGUCUCAUCUGACCACAACACUUCCACCCAGUUCUCCUCUGAAUCAUUCAGAUGUCCAUUGGCAAACUUCAGACGGGCAUGUACAUGUGCUUUCUUGGGCAGGGGGAUCUUGCGGGCGCUGCAGGAUUUCAGUCCUUCAUGGCGAAGUGUGUUACCAAUUGUUUUCUUGGUGACUAUGGUCCCAGCUGCCUUGAGAUCAUUGACAAGAUCCACCCGUGUAGUUCUGGGCUGAUUCCUCACCGUUCUCAUGACCAUUGCAACUCCAUGAGGUGAGAUCUUGCAUGGAGCCCCAGGCCGAGGGAGAUUAACAGUUUUUUGUGUUUCUUCCAUUUGCGAAUAAUCGCACCAACUGUUGUCACCUUCUCACCAAGCUGCUUGGCGAUGGUCUUGUAGCCCAUUCCAGCCUUGUCUAGAUCUACAAUCUUGUCCCUGACAUCCUUGGAGAGCUCUUUGGUCUUGGCCAUGGUGGAGAGUUUGGAAUCUGAUUGAUUGAUUGCUUCUGUGGACAGGUGUCUUUUAUACAGGUAACAAGCUGAGAUUAGGAGCACUCCCUUUAAGAGUGUGCUCCUAAUCUCAGCUCGUUACCUGUAUAAAAAAGACACCUGGGAGCCAGAAAUCUUUCUGAUUGAGAGGGGGUCAAAUACUUAUUUCCCUCAUGAAAAUGCAAAUCAAUUUAUAACAUUUUUGACAUGCGUUUUUCUGGAUUUUGUUGUUGUUAUUCUGUCUCUCACUGUUGAGAGGGGGUCAAAUACUUAUUUCCCUCAUUAAAAUGCAAAUCAAUUUAUAACAUUUUUGACAUGCGUUUUUCUGGAUUUUGUUGUUGUUAUUCUGUCUCUCACAAUAAACCUACCAUUACAAUUAUAGACUGAUCAUUUCUUUGUCAGUGGGCAAACGUACAAAAUCAGCAGGGGAUCAAAUACGUUUUCCCCUCACUGUAUAUAUUAGUGUAUUUAUUAUUAUGCCCCUACCCUCCUCUCCCCUGGUUGGAGAACUUGGUGGAAAAUAUUACAAUUCAAUAUAUAUAAAGUUUAUUUCCUAAUCGCACUGAACUCCAAGUGUAUCGGCCAAUUAAUCAACCACUCCAAUCUUAAUUCCAACCCUCAGAUGUCCACAGACUAACCCAUCUUUCCAGUACAAUACCAUUUUACUAUUUCCUUUUGCAAUACAUCUGCCUCUGGUAGCACACUCUCUCCACUCUGUCUCUCUCUCUCACUUAUACUCAUCUUCCAUUCCCCAUCACAUCCCCAUCCCACUGCCUGUCUCCCCUCUCCUUGUCUCCCCCUCCCCUAGUUUCCCAUUAUAUUGCCCGUACUCUCCCUCUCUCUCCCUCCCACUUUCCCCCUCUCUCUCCACCUUAUACCACCCUCCCAUCACAGCACUGCCCUCCCCCUCUCCUCUCUAGUGGGACAGUCUGUGGCUUUCUAGCCCUCCCGGUAUUCCUCAGAAAGAGAAGAGCAGAAGGGAAAAGUGCAUCUGUUGCAUUAAUACGUUAUGAAAAACGUGUCACUGCAGCAGAAAUGUAGUCAGUAUAACAAUGCACAGAUUUUUUUUGGGUUUCACUUUUAGCAAGCGUCACUAAUGUAACCUACCAGAAAGGUUAAGAAUAAAAGAAUGCUCUGAGAUAAGCUACAACUUAUCACCUGCGAAGGUUAGAUUGGAUGGGAAGGGAGGGGGAGAGGUGAACAAGAAGUGGUGCAUCAUGAACAAUCUGCCUUACUGAGUCCCAGGUAGACUAAAGCAUUUUAUACUAUUUUUAUUUAUCCUUUAUUUAACAAAGCUUUAUUUUCAAUUAUUUGAUGUCACAACCUUCCAUCUUGACUCUAUUUUUAAACUGCAUACACAUUUUAGAAUAACCCCUGUUUUCCAGGUAAUAGCUACAAAUGCUUAUAACAUAUAGAAAACAAUCGGCGAUUCCCAAGUGAAGGGAAUGCUGGCAUUGCCCUGGGACUGAGGCUACUACCGUACACCUCUGUACAGCCACCCAGCCGUUCGAUGGUUGUAAUUAGCCUUAGUGAUUUGUGCUGUUCUAAUGCGUUGACCGUCAUGUAACCGCAGCAUGUAGCGACGGUUUGUGGCAGAGAAGCCCAGAGGGAUCAAUAAGUCCAUUACAGCAGACCACAGGAGGACUGCCAUCACACACACACACACACACACACACACACACACACACACACACACACACACACACACACACACACACAAACACACAGACACACACACACACACACACACACACACACACACACACACACACACACACACACACACACACACACACACACACACACAAUGGGACCCUAAAGCAACAUUGACCCCAUCGUCAUACACACACACACACAUACACACACAAGACACAUGAUGCACGUAUGCGCACAAAAAACAACCCCACCCUUCCUCCCCCCCUCUCCCUCACUCUCUCCCUACCCUCUCUCUCUCCCAUCCCUCUCUCUCUCCCUCCCUCCCUCCCUCCCUCACUCCCUCCCUCCCACCCUCUCUCCUCAGGGUGGCCACAGUGAACUCAUCACUGUAUCUCUCUAUGCUCUGUUCUCUAAAUUCUCUUCAUCUCAGUGUGUGAGUGGGACCUUAGGGCAGCUGUGUCAUGCAGCCAGAGGCUCGCUCUGUCAGACUGAGUCCCAUGUCAACCUCCCUCACUGGCCACUGUGCCCAGUGUUCACAGACUGACACAAGCCUGGUCUGAGGGCCCCUUGCUCUGGGCAGUGGCAGUGGGAACCCAGCUCUACAUGGAAAACAUCUGUGCCACGCUCUGGAGGCUAGCAACACUUCCCAUCACACUAGCUCACCCUGAUUAGACAAUGUUCAAGCCAUCUAUAAAUCACUUCUAGGCUAAUCCCCGCCUUAUCUUAGAUCAUUGGUCACCAUAGCAAAACCCACCCGUAGUAUGCGUUCCAGCAGGUAUAUCUCACUGGUCAUCCCCAAAGCCAACACCUCCUUUGGCCGCCAUUCCUUCCAGUUCUCUGCUGCAAAUGACUGGAACGAACUGCAAAAAUCUCUGAAGCUGGAGACACUUAUCUCCCUCACUAACUUUAAGCAUCAGUUGUCAGAGCAGCUUACCGAUCACUGCACCUGUACACAGCCCAUCUGUAAUUAGCCCACCCAACUACCUCAUCCCCAUAUUGUUAUUUACAUAGUUAUUUAUUUUGCUCAUUUGCACACCAGUAUCUCUAUUUGCACAUCAUCUUCUGCACAUCUAUCACUCCAGUCUUAAUACUAAAUUGUAAUUAUUUUGCACUAUAGCCUAUUGCCUUACCUCCAUAACUUUCUACAUUUGCACACACUGUAUAUAGAUUUUCUAUUGUGUUAUUGACUGUACGUUUUGUUUAUUCCAUAUGUAACUCUGUGUUGUUGUUGUUUUUUAUCGCACUGCUUUGUUUUAUCUUGGCCAGGUCGCAGUUGUAAAUGAGAACUUGUUCUCAACUGGCCUACCUGGACAAAUAAAGGUUUAAAAAAACUAAAACUAAAAUAAAAAAUGUGUGACACACACAAUGCCCUGGAAGGUCGCUUCACCCAAUAGACUAUGCACUCAGCAUCAGCAAUACCACUGGUAGAGGCUUUCACAACACUACUGCCUGCUCUUGUUUUCUUGGGACCUGUUUCACUUGAUGUGCAGUAUAGUUAGGCAACUGUAUACACAUUUCUUCUCAUGAAACUGUAUUUUUUCUCAGCUGUUUUUACAAGUAAUAUUAGGUCCAUCUGAAGUAGCCUGGUCCUAGAUCUGUUUGUGCUCUUACCAUCGCCAUUGCUCAUUGUCAAGCCAAACAUGAUGACACAAACAUACUGGCACUCAGGCUACAUUUGAAAGUAUUCCAUACAGUAGGCCUAUUUGUAAUGGACAUGGUAAUAGUACAUAAUACUUGCUACUUGCAUAGUCAUUCCAAUCUGACAUAGAAUACCUCAUGGUAAGCUGCAUAUCCUUUUAUCUACCAAGAGAGUUCUGAUCCGUACUUAUCACGGCUGUCUACAUCAAGCCAACACCACCACUCUGGCACUCAAUGAACUGUAUGGGAUAGAAACCGCUCACCCAGAGGCAGCAUUUCUGGUGGGCGGAGACUUUAACGAGGGGAGACAUAAAACCGUCCUACCUCACUUCUACCAACACGUCUCCUGCACCACUAGGGGCGCUACAACUCUAGACCACUUUUAUUCUACCCACAGAAACGCAUACAAGGCCCAAAAUCUGACCAUGACUCCAUUCUCCUGCUUCCUGUGUAUAAACAACAGCUCAAACAGGAAGUACCAGUGAUGUGCUCAAUACGGAAGAGGUCGGAUGAAGCAGACGCGAGGCUACAAGACUGUUUUGCUAGUACAGACUGGGAUAUGUUCCAGGAUUCAUCCGAUAGUAUUGAGGAGUUUACCACAACUGUCACGGGCUUCAUCAUAAGUGCAUAGACAAUGUCGUUCCCACAGUGACUAUAAGAACGUAUCCAAACCAAUUACAGGCAAUAUCCGCGCUGGGCUAAAGGUUGGAGCAACUGCUUACAAGGAACAGGACACGGACAUGGAAGCAUACAAGAAAUCCCGCAACAGCUUCCGACGAGACAUCAAACAUGCAAAAGGACAAUAUAGGAGGAAGGUGGAAUCCUAUUACACUGGCUCAGACGCUCGUCGUAUGUGGCAUGGCUUGCAGACGAUAACGAAUUGCAAAAGGAAACCCAGCCAUGAGUUGCCCAGCGAUGCAGAACUCCCAAACGAGCUAAAUGCCUUUUAGGCUCGCUUCGAGGAAUAUAAAUAACACUGUGCCUUGCAUGAAAGCCCCUGUUUUUGAUGACUGUGUGAUCUCGCUCUCAGUGGCUGGUGUGAGCAAAAUGUUUAAACAGGUUAACAAUCACAAGGCAGAAUACCAGGGCGCGUUCUCAAAGCAUGUGCAGACUAGCUGGCAAGUGUCUUCACAGACAUUUUCAAUCUAUCCUUGUCCCAGUCUGUAAUCCCAACAUGUUUCAAACUGACCACCAUUGUCUCAGUUCCCAAGAGCUCCAAGGUAACCUGCCUAAAUGACUAUCACCCUGUAGCACACACAUCUGUAAUUAUGAAUUGCUUUGAAAGGCUGGUCAUGACACACAUCAACACCAUCAUCCCAGACACCCUAGACCCACUCCCAUUUGCAUACCGCCCCAACAGAUCCACAGAUGACGCAAUCGCAAUUGCACUUCACACUGCCCUCUCUCACCUGGACAAGAGGGGAAACAACUAUGUGAGAAUGCUGUUCAUAGACUACAGCUCAGCGAUCAACACCAUAGUCCUGCCCAAGCUCAUCACCAAGCUAGGGACCCUGGGACUGAAACCCUCCCUCUGCAACUGGAUCCUGGACUUCCGGAUGUGCCGGCUCCAGGUGGUGAGGGUAGGCAACAUCACCUCCACCACGCUGACCCUUAACACAGGGGCCCCUCAGGGGUGUGUGCUUGGUCACCUCCUGUACUCCCUGUUCACCCACGACUGUGUAGCCACGCUCAACUCCAACACCCUCAUCAAGUUUGUUGACGACACGACAGUGGUAGGCCUGAUCACCGACGGCGAUGAGUCAGCCUACAGUGAGGAGGUCAGAGACUUAGCAGUGUGGUGCCAGGACAACAACCUCUCCCUCAAUGUCAGUUAGACCAAGGAGCUGGUCGUGGACUAUAGGAGAAAGAGGGGAGAGUAUGCCCCAAUCCACAUCAACAGGGCUGUCUUGAAACAGGUAGAGAGCUUAAAGUUCCUUGGCAUUCACAUCACUCUGUACCUAACAUGGUCCACACACACCUGCACACCCACCUUUUCCCCCUCAGGAGGCUGAAAAUAUUUCGCAUGGGCCCUCGGAUCCUCAAAAAGUUAUACAGCUGACACCAUCGACUAGCUGCAUCACCGCUUGGUAUGGCAAAUGCACCACCUUUGACUGCAAAGCGCUACAGAGGUUGGUGCGGACAGCCCAGUAUAUCACUGGGGUAGAGCUCCCUGCCAUCCAGGACCGCUAUAUCAGGCGGUGUCAUAGGAAGGCACGAAAAAUUGCCAAAGACUCCAGCCUCCCAAGCCAUAGACUGUUCACUCUGCUAAUCGGCACUCGGACCAACAGGCUCUGAGACAGCUUCUACCCCCAAGCCAUAAGACUGCUAAAUAGCCAGACUGCUAAAAAGUCAAUUAAUGAUACCUAAACUAUCUGCACUGACUCUAUCUUGCACUGACCCUACGCACACUCACUAGACUAUAUAUACAAACCAUAUACACACUCACUCACACACACUACAUUGACAUUCCCACACAAAACCCACACACAUUCACAUACGCUACAUACAGUGCCUUCCAAAAGUAUUCAUCCCCCUUGGCGUUUUUCUCAUUUUGUUGCAUUACAACCUGUAAUUUAAAUUAAAUUUUAUUUGGAUUUCAUGUAAUGGACAUACACAAAAUAGUCCAAAUUGGUGAAGUGAGGUGAAAAACAUAACUUGUUUCACAAAAUUCUAAAAAAUAAAUAACGGAAAAGUGGUGCAUGCAUAUGUAUUCACCCCCUUUGCUAUGAAGCCCCUAAAUCAGAAGUCACAUAAUUAGUUAAAGAAAGUCCACCUGGGUGCAAUCUAAGUGUCACAUGAUAUGUCACAUGAUCUCAGUAUAUAUACACCUGUUCUGAAAGGCCCAAGAGUUUGCAACACCACUAAGCAAGGGGCACCACCAAGCAAGCGGCACCAUGAAGACCAAGGAGCUCUCCAAACAGGUCAGGGACAAAGUUGUGGCGAAGUACAGAUCAGGGUUGGGUUAUUAAAAAAUAUCAGAAACUUUGAACAUCACACGGAGCACCAUUAAAUCCAUUAUUAAUAAAUGGAAAGAAUAUGGCACCAAAACAAACCUGCCAAGAGAGGGCCGCCCACCAAAACUCACGGAACAGGCAAGGAGGGCAUUAAUCAGAGAGGCAACAAAGAGACCAAAGAUAACCCUGAAGGAGCUGCAAAGCUCCACAGCGGAGAUUGGAGUAUAUGUCCAUAGGACCACUUUAAGCCGUACACUCCACAGAGCUGGGCUUUAUGGAAGAGUGGCCAGAAAAAAAGCCAUUGCUUAAAGAAAAAAAUAAGCAAACAUGUUUGGUGUUCGCCAAAAGGCAUGUUGGAGACUCCCCAAACAUAUGGAAGAAGGUACUCUGGUCAGAUGAGACUAAAAUUGAGCUUUUGGCCAUCAAGGAAAACGCUAUGUCUGGCACAAACCCAAAACCUCUCAUCACCCCGAGAACACAGUGAAGCAUGGUGGUGGCAGCAUCAUGCUGUGGGGAUGUUUUUCAUCGGCAGGGACUGGGAAACUGGUCAGAAUUGAAGGAAUGAUGGAUGGCGCUAAAUACAGGGAAAUUCUUGAGGGAAACCUGAUUCAGUCUUCCAGAGAUUUGAGACUGGGACGGAGGUUCACCUUCCAGCAGGACAAUGACCCUAAGCAUACUGCUAAAGCAACACUUGAGUGGUUUAAGGGGAAACAUUUAAAUGUCUUGGAAUGGCCUAGUCAAAGCCCAGACCUCAAUCCAAUUGAGAAUCUGUGGUAUGACUUAAAGAUUGUUGUACACCAGCGGAAUCCAUCCAACUUGAAGGAGCUGGAGCAGUUUUGUCUUGAAGAAUGGGCAAAAAUCCCAGUGGCUAGAUGUGCCAAGCUUAUAGAGACAUACCCCAAGAGACUUGCAGCUGUAAUUGCUGCAAAAGGUGGCUCUACAAAGUAUUGACUUUGGGGGGGGGGGGGGGGGGGGGUGAAUAGUUAUGCACGCUCAAGUUUUCUGUUUUUUUGUCUUAUUUCUUGUUUGUUUCACAAGAAAAAAUAUUUUGCAUCUUCAAAGUGGUAGGCAUGUUGUGUAAAUCAAAUGAUACAAACCCCCCAAAAAAAUCAAUUUUAAUUCCAGGUUGUAAGGCAACAAAAUAGGAAAAAUGCCAAGGGGGUGAAUACUUUAGCAAGCCACUGUACGCACACACACAACACACACACGCAGGCCGACACAACACAAACACACAUACAUACACGUUACACACACACGCACACUCACACACACUUUUACACGCAUCAGUUGCUGCUACUUCUCUGUUCUUUAUUUUACUCUUAUUAUUAUCUAUCCUGAUGUACAUAUCUACCUCAAAUACCUUGUACCUCUGCACAUUAAUCUGGUACUGGUACUCCCUGUAUAUAGCUCCAUUCUUGUGUUACUAUUUUAAACUCUGCAUUGUUGGGAAGGGCUCGUAAGCAAGCAUUUCAUGGCGUCCCGAGUUGCACAGCGGUCUAAGGCACUGCAUCGCAGUGCUAGAGGCGUCAAUACAGACCCGGUUUUGAUCCCGGGCUGUGUUGCGGCCAAGAGACCCAUGAGGCGCACAAUUGGCCCAGCGUCGUCCGGGUUGUGGGAGGGUUUGGCUGGCCGGGAUAUCCUUGUCCCAUCGCGCUCUAGCGACUCCUUGUGGCGGUCCGGGCGCAUGCACGCUGACUUUGGUUGCCAGUUGUACGAUGUUUCCUGGUUAAGCGAGCAGUGUGUCAAGAAGCAAUGCGGCUUGGCAGGGUCGUGUUUCGGAGGACACAUGGCUCUCGACCUUCGCCUCUCCCGAGUCCUUACGGGAGUUGCAGCGAUGGGACAAGACUGUAACUACCAAUUGGAUAACACGAAAUUGGGGAGAACAAAGGGGUCAAAAUUACCAAAAAUAAACAAUGAAAUAAACAAUAGCAAGCAUUUCAUGGGAAAGUCUAGACCAGUUGUAUUCGGCGCAUGUGACAAAUACAAUUUGAUUUGAUUUAAAAUAUCUGUGUAACAUUUCAUGUUUGCAUCUAUGCAUAGAUCAAUGCAUAGUUUACAAACAUGACACACACACGCAAACAGGCCCUAUGUACUGGGCAGUAUUUAUCACAGCGGAGACACCAGAACAGAUAGAGGAACUGUGAGGAGGAACAGGGGAAAACGAGAGAACAAGCAAGGGGGAGUGAUAUGGAUUGGAGCCAGAGAGAGAGAGAGAGGGGAUGAGAGUGAGAGACAGGCAGAACCACAGAGGUAGAAACAGAGCGCAAGAAAUCCGGUGAGAGAAAGCGAGAGAGAGUGUGGGAUAUAUACAUUGACAGGCUACGGAGAGCUGAGAUUGCAUGCAGCAGGCAGCAGUAGCAGCAACAUUAGCAUCCUCAUACUGAUCAUCCAGGAUCCAGGCAGGCGUGCUCUUAUCUGUCCCCGAGGAAGGAGCAUGGCAGCCCAGCCUGUGGAGGAAUGACAACAGGGCUGGGGCUGGAGUUGGGGCUGGAGCUUGGGGACUGAGGCAUGAGAAGCAGGGGAGAGGAGCAGCAUGUGGCCACCCAGCUCACACUGGCCAGGCAGCUUCAGCACCAACGCCGGCAGAUAGACUAGGCUAGAGGAGAGACAGGCAGCUGCUGAGAUUAUGCACCCGUUGGAGAGCUCAUGUGGACAGCGUAGCAGCAGCAUUAAUGGUAGUUGGAGCAUUACAUGUAGCAGUAGCUUUUUACCUAGCAGUAGCAGUAGCAGUAGCAGUAGCAGUAGCAGUAGCACUAGCUGUUGCUGUAGCGUUAGGGAUAGCCUUAACAACAAAGGUAUUGGCAGUCACACCAAAGGUAGCCCUAACAAAGGUAGCUUUCACAGCAAAGGUAGCCAUAGCUGUAGAGGUAUUUGUUGCGAUAGCAGUCCAGGUAUCUGUAGGGAUAUGUAACAGUGGCCCAGGAAACUGAAUGACAAGUGUGGCUGAUGAAGGCCACCUGGAUUCGGCUGCUGAAACGAUCCAAGGGAGGUCGCGUCAAGAGCUCCGAUGACUGUGUAAGCCGACUAUUCAAACAUGCUUGCUUAUCUCGUGUGUGUAUAUGUGUGCACGUGUGUGUGCGCGUGAAUGUAUGUGUGUGUGUGUGUGUGUGUGUGUACUGAAUGUACAUCAUCGCAUGUACCUGUGCGUGCCUGUAUAGGGGUCAGGGGUAUUGUAAUGCUGCGUUAGUGAUGAUGAGGGGUAGUGGGUUGUCUGUCAUCACUGUCAGAGUCCUCAUCAUGUCAUCACCUCUCUCAAACCCAUUGUGCUGUAACUCUCUGGGUCAGACCCAUGCAUUACUCUGGACAUAAUGGAAGAUGGAUUGAACAAUGUCAGUUACAUGAGGAGACAAGGAUACGUGAGUUAGGUUGGUGUGGUUGUGUGUUAUACUGUAGCCAGUCCGUGCGUGUGUGUGCGCGCGCGCAGGGUUGGCGAGUAACUGAUUACUCAAUAAACAAUAGCAAUAAUCAGUUACAUUACCAGGAAGUAUACAGAUACUUUUGAAAAACGAGAUUACUUCUUGGAUUACUUUUACAGAAAGGAUGUUUAAAAAAAUUAAAUAAAGGACACCUUUCUGUUUUCUCAAUGGCAUUAAAUUCAGCAUUGAAAAAAAGGCGCAAUUUUAAGAUUGUUCAGCCUGAACGAGUCAUUGACCACUAUGAUGACACACCACACGUGUUUGAUGGAACUUUUUUGGCAUCUUCUAAGGGGAAAGUAAUCCAUAAGUAACUGAGAGUAAUCAUAUUAUGUUAAUCUAAAAGUUACAUUACUGAUUACAAUUGGAAAGUAACCUACACAACCAUGUGCGUUCGCGCAUGAGUGCGGGCGUGUGUGCAUGGGUGGGUGGGUAGGUGGGUGUGUGGAUGGGUGGGUGCGUGCGUGCUUACGUGCGCGAAUAUGUUUGCAUGUGUGUGCAUAGCUACUGUGAUGUUAAGGUGGGGGUACUAAAAGUAUUUUUAGGUAGGCUUUAACGAACGAGGUAAGACACCGAUAUCCAAAGCAUUAAGCAAAAUGCAUAAAACAUAAGCAGUGUUUCAGAUAAAGAGUAGAGAGUUAUUUAUAGAUGGUGUCUCAGGUACAACGUAGGAGAAGAGACAUGGAUAGUUAAUGAGCAGUGUCUCAUCUACAGAUGUAGGAUCUUAAUUUGAGCCAGUUUGAUACAGCAGUAAAAUAAUCCUGCAGCAACAGGAAAUGUCAAUUAUUAUGUGGAUUAUAAUUCAUGGAGAUUUUUUUUAGGGGUUGAUACAUUUUACGUUACGGCAAAUCAAGUCUGACAUUGUUACUGGGCAGGACAAUUAUCAAUAACAAAAGAGUGAUCAAAUGAAUAUCAUACAUCUGUAUGAUGCAGGAGAUGAGUAUGGAUAGUGUGGUUUGAUUAAUGUUUCAGGUGUGAUGUAUAAUGUUAAAGAGGAGCGUAUCCACACGUCAGCUACAGGUAUGGGAGAGCCCAAGUUAAAGAUGAUCGUAUACGGGAUGCUUGGGUAGUUUUAAUCAGCCUGGUAGAGUUUGAGGUUAUUUAUUAUUGUUUUGAACCCAGACAGAGGAGAACAGAGAGGAGUGUAAUGGUGCAGUGAGGACCUUGUGUGGCUGGCAGUGGCAUGCCUCUCUGUGCAGGUAAGAGAAUGCAUCACCCUUCCUUCUGUUCAAAAAGCCCCUCUGAGUCUGACAAUAACAUAACAGGGCUAUAAACAUACUGGGCUGCCUGCCUGCAUUGUAUCUUAGCAGAGUGGGUGUGUGUACCAGUGUGCCUGUGCCUGCCUCUGUGUAUAAACUGAGUGUACAAAACAUUAGGAACACCUUCCUAAUAUGCGUUUCCACUGCUCCAGAGUCCAAUGGCGGCGACCUUUACACCAUGCCAGCCGAUGCUUGGCAUUGCACAUGGUGAUCUUAGGCUUUUGUGCGGCUGCUCGGCCAUGGAAACCCAUUUCAUGAAGCUCCCAACGAGCAGUUCUUAUGCUGGCGUUGCUUAAAGAGGCUGUUUGGAACUCAGUAGUUAGUUUUGCAACUAAGGACAGACGUUUUUACACACAACAGCACUCGGCGGUCACGUUCUGUGAGCUUGUGUGGCCUACCACUUCGCAGCUUAGCCGUUGUUGCUCCUAGACGUUUCCACUUCACAAUAACAGCACUUACAGUUGACUGGGGCAGCUCUAGCCAGGCAGAAAUGUGACGAAAUGACUUGUUGGAAAGGUGGCACCCUAUGACGGAGCCACGUUGAAAGUCACUGAGCUCUUCAGUUCAGGCCAUUCUCAGCCAAUGGUUGUCUAUAGAGAUUGCAUGGCUUUUUGCUCGAUUUUAUACACCUGUCAGCAACGAGUGUGGCUGAAAUAGCCGAAUCCACUAAUUUGAAGGAGUGUCCACAUACUUUUGGUGUACGUGUGAGAGGCGGAGAGAGAAAAUGCGAUCUUUUCUCAUGUCUUGUUCUACUCUGUUCUGUGUUAUAUAUAGAUGGAGAUAUGAUAGAGUGGAGAGAGAGAACAUAGAGGUGGGAGGAGAGAGAGAGGAGAGGGAAGGAGCAAGGAGAGAGGAGAGAGAGAGAGUAGAGAUCGAGGAGACGAGAGAGAGAGAGAGAGUGAGCGAGCGAGGAGAGAGCUCACAUCAUGGAAGACAACAAACCUACAGCUAUAGUGCACUACAGUUAGAUGUGGCCUGAGGCUAUGUGGGAUAGUGGGUGUCCUGCUGCUUUCUGAGAAGCAGGGUAGUGUCCAUUUGAAACACACCCAAUUAGCUAUUGUGAUUUCUUUCUGCCUCUCCUCCCUCUGGGUGUGAGUAUUGUGUGAGUUUUAGACAUGUGUGCCUGUUCACUAAGUUCACUAACUAGGCUCUGAUGCUCUCCGAAGAUUCAUUGUACCUCUGUGGUUGAGUGUGGUCAUUACUUUAUUUGUGGCCUCAGUGUUUAAAAAAAAAAAAAUUGUAUUUGACAGAACCCCUCUGUCUUCACACACCAUCUCCAAAAAUAUGACUUCUGCUUGAGUUUCAGUGAGACACUGCUGGACAAGGCAGUAAUGUCCAUUGCAAACUAGUUUACCAGCAAUUGUCUUCAAAUCUGGACCUUUCAACUGUGAUGCCUCACUGACAGCAGGGGCAUGGUGUAUAGAUACUGUGAUGCCUCACUGACAGCAGGGGCAUGGUGUAUAGGUACUGUGAUGCCUCACUGACAGCAGGGGCAUGGUGUAUAGAUACUGUGAUGCCUCACUGACAGCAGGGGCAUGGUGUAUAGGUACUGUGAUGCCUCACUGACAGCAGGGGCAUGGUGUAUAGAUACUGUGAUGCCUCACUGACAGCAGGGGCAUGGUGUAUAGAUACUGUGAUGCCUCACUGACAGCAGGGGCAUGGUGUAUAGAUACUGUGAUGCCUCACUGACAGCAGGGGCAUGGUGUAUAGAUACUGUGAUGCCUCACUGACAGCAGGGGCAUGGUGUAUAGAUACUGUGAUGCCUCACUGACAGCAGGGGCAUGGUGUAUAGAUACUGUGAUGCCUCACUGACAGCAGGGGCAUGGUGUAUAGAUACUGUGAUGCCUCACUGACAGCAGGGGCAUGGUGUAUAGAUACUGUGAUGCCUCACUGACAGCAGGGGCAUGGUCUGUGAUGCCUCACUGACAGCAGGGGCAUGGUGUAUAGAUACUGUGAUGCCUCACUGACAGCAGGGGCAUGGUGUAUAGAUACUGUGACAGUGAGUGUUGGUGUGUCUGAUGAGUGUGAGUCUGAAGAGUAAGUCUGUUGUGUGAUGUUGAGGUCUGAUGAAUAAGUCUGUUGUUCGAUGUUGAGGUCUGAAGAGUAAGUCUGUUGUGUGAUGUUGAGGUCUGAUGAAUAAGUCUGUUGUUCGAUGUUGAGGUCUGAAGAGUAAGUCUGUUGUGUGAUGUUGAGGUCUGAUGAAUAAGUCUGUUGUUUGAUGUCGAGGUUUGAUAAGUAAGUCUGUUGUUUGAUAUUGAGGUCUGAAGAGUAAGUCUGUUGUAUGAUGUUGGGGUCUGAAGAGUAAGCCUGUUGUGUGAUGUUGAGGUCUGAAGAGUAAGUCUGUUGUUUGAUGUUAAGGUUUGAUAAGUAUUUACAUUUACAUUUUAGGCAUUUAGCAGACGCUCUUAUCCAGAGCGACUUACAGUUAGUGAGUGCAUACAUUUUCAUACUGGCCCCCCGUGGGAAACGAAUCCACAUAUAAGUAAGUCUGUUGUUUGAUGUUGGGGUCUGAAGAGUAAGCCUGUUGUGUGAUGUUGAGGUCUGAAGAGUAAGUCUGUCAUGUAUCUAUCAUUAAUGUGUGUUUCCCUCUACUCUGCAGGGUUCGGCGGACUCCUACACCAGCCGUCCAUCAGACUCCGAUGUGUCCCUGGAGGAGGAUAAGGAGGCAGCGCGACGAGAGGCAGAGCGGCAGGCUCAGGCACAGCUGGAGAAGGCCAAGGUACUAUCCUCACAUCAGUCCCCUAUCCUGUAUCCUGUUUUGGUAGUCAGACUCUCAGGCUAGGGGACAGGGAACUCUGGCUCUAGUACUACCCUUCGACUACAUCCCAAAUGGCACCAUAUUCCCUAUGUAGUGCACUACUUUUGGGUGUCUGCAUGGGUGAAUAUAGGUUGUGCACUAAGGAAUAGUGUGCUAUCUGGGACGCAGGCAUUAUAUGUACUGGUGAUGUUUGUGGCAGAAGGGGAUAAAUCAUGGAGUCCAUGUCUGACAGAUGUGUGUUCCACAACAUGCUGUCUCAGCACAAUGGCUCUGUCUCUCCUCAUAGGGAACAAUCAGUCCAUUCUACAUAGGGUUGCAACAUUUCAGUAACUUUACCAAAAUUCCCUUUUUUUUUUAUGUUGGGAAUGUUAAUGGUAUUUUGCAACCCUUGUACAGCAACAACAUCAACUGUAUGUAUAUUUUGUUGAACGUCUAUGUUUUAUAGGGAACUAUGGAAGAGGCAUUAAUACUAUGGUGGAAACGACCAUCGUGUUAGAGACACAGAAAUACAGUACUUGGAUCCAAACAGCUGUCACAUAGAUUCCCUGGAGAAUCUACUUUGACAGAAAAACACCCUCAAAGAACUAUGAAGGUUAACCGGCUGCAUAUAAACACUUCUUGUCCUCAGAAGCUAUCUCCAUCCUGAAGCAUCCUAGCCUGCGUUCCAAAUUGCAACCUAUUCCCUAUUUCGUGCACUUGACCAUACCCCAAUAGGACACAUAGGCACAGCAAGUGUUUUCUGUAAAUAACACAUUACCGGUGCGCUAGGCAGGUGCUUAUGAAUUACUGCCUCAUAAACCAUUACAGCCAAUGAGGCUGCACUUCCCCUGACCGAGUCUACUCUCCCUCUCUCUCUCUGGCGAGAGGCCAGAUCAUUAAGCAGCUAUUUUUACAGCUGGUCUAUCAUGUAAAAUGGCUGGGGUAAUCCAUACCAGGUUAUCUGCUAGCAACUUAUCUUUGUAAUUAGUGAGCGAGAAGGGGCUCUCUCCAGGCUAGCUGCUGGCCAAGACUGCCUCUUUACAGGUGGACUGACCAGGGCUAUGUCACAAAUUGCACCCUAUACCCAUAUAUAGUGCACUAUGGGCCCUGGUCAAAAGUAGUUCACUAUAUAGGGAACAGGGUGCCAUUUGAGACACAGCCCAUAAAUGAAAUUAGACUCGCUGCGAGGAAGCAGGCUGGUUACAGAGUGGAUACCUAGAACACAGCACCGAGAUGACAUUCAUCUAAUGAGGAAGCUCAGUGGUAGACACGCUGAAUACCCAAUGACAGAUCAUUAGAAUCAACCUUGAGCAGGCGCUCUCAUAGGGAUUCAUGCACCGAGAUCUCAGAAACAACACAAUACUGUGCACAGCCCCAGAAUGCUUGUUAAAUAGUCUGGAAAUUCAAAGUGCACACAAAACACAACGUAUAGGGUAUAAAAGAUUCCGCAAACCAAAUAUUUGCGGCUUUAUAAUAAUAAGAGGGGCAGAUUAGACAUAUUCCUUUUCGUUGAGAACAUUUCCUCGCAAUGCCUGUUGCAUUAGGGAGGUCUGGUGUGUUUGUGUGUGUAUUUGUUUGUUUGUUUGUAUUUAAUCGUAGCCCAGAUCUGAGCAGUGUACGCGAGGCGAGCCAGAGUUAAAUGCCGAGGGCCUGUGUCCUCCUGAGGCCAAUGGUUUCUCACAUCACUAGGCCCUCAAAGGCCCUUGAGCCCCUCUGUCUGACUACACAGCUCUAAUCAGCUCUACAGGCUGUUCCCAAAACACACUCUGACAGCAAACCAACACUGUCUGUCUGCCCUCCUCCCCUCCAUCACCUCAGAGCAAUACCAAGGAGUCAGUGAUACACUGGAGUUAGCAAAACAGAGAAAAACACAGAGGGAGAGAGAGGGAGAGCAACAUAUAUAGAGUGAAAGAGAGAGUGACAGAGGGAGAGAGAAAAUAAUUGAGUGUGAAAGAGAGAGGGCUCUGGUUAAAAGUACUGCACUAUAAGGAAUGGGGUUCCAUUUCAGACACAAACUCAGAUUCAAACCAAGGCGGACCUCUCGUUUCGUCUGUAAAAAUAUCCCCAACAAUCAAUCAAUGUCACCAAAUUACGUACGAAAUGAAUGUAAAAUAUUCAAUUGUCUGGACUUCAGAGAACUGUCCUCAUUAUCUAUUGCAUUAUGCAUAGGCAGUGCUGAAAUUGCCAUAUGGCUCUGCUCAUUUAUGAAACAAAAAUGUAUGAAUGUUAAGGGGACCUUACCUCGGCACAUUUGACGGGCUCCUACUUCACAGCUAGCACAUUGUGCCCGCACUUCUCGCAAUAAGGAUUUACACUUGACUUCAGAACAAUUCGAAACGUUUGCUCAAGGUGAAACGAUAAAUCUUGAUUUAUGGUGCGAGAUCCACCGUUGCAUGCUAAUGCAAUGACGGUGCCAGAUGCUAAUGCAAUGACGGUGCCAGAUUACAAGUUACAAGGCAGGCACAGCAACACGCAGGGCAGGUAUCUAAUAACACUGUCAAUCCGGGCACAUAGAAGGCUUCAGGUUAUUAGCCAAUGAAAUAUGCAUAAAAUGGAGUGAUGUUGAAUGAGAGAGAGAAAGACAAGGAAGAGAGAGAGAGAGAAAGAGAGAGAGAGGUCUCUGUGGUGUUAAUUGGCCGUCAACCACAGCGCAGACUGCCAGGGUUCCCAGUUAAAGAUCUGGCUCCCCUUAGACCUGUUAUCUCGCUUUCUCUUUUCCAUCGGUCCUUUAUCUUUAUUCCUUACUCUUUCUCCAUUCUUUCUCUUUCCCUUCUUAUUGUUCCCAUCCCCCUCACUCGCUCUUCUCCAACCCCUCAUUCUCUCACCGGACUUUCCUCCCUCUAUCCCAGGGUUGCCCAACCCUGUUCCUGGAGAGCUACUCUCCUGUAGUUCACUCCAACCCUGUUCCUGGAGAGCUACCCUCCUGUCGUUCACUCCAACCCUGUUCCUGGAGAGCUACCCUCCUGUCGUUCACUCCAACCCUGUUCCUGGAGAGCUACCCUCCUGUCGUUCACUCCAACCCUGUUCCUGGAGAGCUACCCUCCUGUCGUUCACUCCAACCCUGUUCCUGGAGAGCUACCCUCCUGUCGUUCACUCCAACCCUGUUCCUGGAGAGCUACCCUCCUGUCGUUCACUCCAACCCUGUUCCUGGAGAGCUACCCUCCUGUCGUUCACUCCAACCCUGUUCCUGGAGAGCUACCCUCCUGUCAUUCACUCCAACCCUGUUCCUGGAGAGCUACCCUCCUGUAGUUCACUCCAACCCCAGGUGUUACUAACCUGAUUCAUCUUAUCAACCUGCUAAUUAUUAGAAUCAGGUGUGCUAGAUUAGGGUUGGAGCAAAAACCUACAGGACGGUAGCUCUCCAGGAACAGGGUCCUGCUCUAUCCUAUUCUCUCCCUCUCCCCUCCCUCUCCCCUCCCUCUCGCUCAGCAACCUUCUUUCUCUUCCCCUCCCUUCCUUUCUUGCGUAAAGGAGAGGAGAGGAACAGGGGGAUGGAGAGGAGAUGAAGAGAGGAACAGGGGGAUGGACAGGAGAGGAGAAAAACACGGUGUCACAGCGCCUGUCACACGUGAUAUUUUGAGGUGCUAUACGAGGUCGGGAGAGUGUGUACACCGAUGCACACAGGUCUGUGAAAUAGCAUUAAAGGAAAGAUUCACACACUUUGAAUGUUAUAUUGUUUUUGUGCAUCUCUGAACGAUGUUCUAUUGAUUUCCGGGGUCAUUUCAUGUUUUCAUUUGUAUCUGAGCUAUUGCUGCUCAAGCAGGCAGAAAUACAGCUGGUAUGAUGAGUUUUGCAUCAUAUGAUGGGGCUAGCAUGGGCUACUGAUGUCACAGACCAUGUAAUUGAUCCCGGAAUGGCUAGAGAGUGAGAAGCAGUGGAGCAUGAGGGUGGUAGUCCCAGUUCCCCAGACCACACAGGCACACACUACCUGGCUGCUUUCUAAAUGGUACUCCAUUCCAUGUUAUAGUGCACUACUUUCACCAGGGCCCUCAAGGUAGUGCACUAUUUAGGGAAUAGGGUGCCAUUUGGGAAAAAAACACAUGUAUUGUACUGGGGAAAUACCAUUUACAGAUGAAGACAAAACUGGCCAAUCAGUCUAAUGGUGCUCAUUAAUGGUAGACGGUCUCAUCAUGGACGUCACCAGGACCUGGCUUUCGGGGCUUUAUCCCCUAAUGAUUCUGGGUCAGCCCCGAAUCUUUUGCGCUGCUGCAAUGGUGUAAAAAAAAUAUGUAGUUACUGAAUGCUCCACUUAGUUCAUAGAGCUGUAAUUAAGUGAAACUCCCGAAGUCAUCCAACCUUUAUAAUCAGGGGUAAGGUGCGACGCUCCGCCACUUCUCAGACAUGAUUAAUUAGUAUUCUUCAUAACAAACCGAAUAUAAUAGCAUGAUAAUGUCAGGCUACUGUUAUACCAAAAACACCAUGUCAUUUAUUAUGACAAUUUAGGAUGAUUGUGCUGAAAUGUUGAUUUUUUUUCUCAUGCUGUGGUUGUGUUUAUCUCCAUCUGCUCUACAAUUCAAUUAGUUAGGCCACCCUUACAUCAUUCAAGAAGAUCGAAAUGCAUAUUCCAUUAAGCUGAUUGGGAUCAAAUGGUUGGCAUGCAUGCAGCAUGGACCUUUCACCUUUAAAACGUGAAUAAUUAUCAUUCACGAUUGACAGUGAUGAUGGCCUAAUUUAUAAUAAGGUAGGCCUAAUUUGGUGUUUUAGGAUUUUAAAAAUAUAACAUUUUCCUUUAGCCACUUACAGUAUGUGUAGGCAAUCAUGCAAUUUGGAUGAUGCAUUGUAUGUAUAUUCUAAAAUGAUUUUAUACAAUAGGCUUCAUGUCGGUACCAACUUUCAUUCAGAAAUGAUGACUUUGUAAUAAUACAAAAAUGGUGCUCCGGUAGGCUACCUAAAAUAAUAGAUAUAUAUUUGGAUAUUUGGUUAUAAUUAGGCUGGGAAAUGUUAGCUAAGUUGAGGUAAGUACUGAUGAUCUUUAGUCUAGAAAUUAAAGCAAUGCAGAUCUCCUCUUCAUACACACAUUAGGCCUAUAGCCUGAUGAGCUUCCCUGGUGUUUUCCUGAACUUUCCAAUACUUUUCUGAUGCGUUUCAGUCACUUAGCCUACUGAUGCGAAUAUACAUUUGUAAACUUUUCCCAUAGGCUAUUCAAGUCAUUUGACAUUUUUAUUGUUUAAAAAGCUCAUAAGGCCCUACAUCGUUUCAUUAACAAUAGAGCUGAAACCACUAUUGGCUUCAUUGACUUACUGAAUUUAUUCUCGUAAUUGUAAGCUAGGCUACUUGUUGAUAGGUUAUUUUAAAUAUUAUUGUAACAGUAGGCCUACCUACACAAUAACCUCAUAUGGUUUUACUGACCACAAUCGAUUGAAUGAAUAAUAAGAAGUGUUGAUUAAUUUAUUUGGCCUCGGAACGUAGAAGAAAACAUAGCGCUUCAGGAAGGGGUGCUGGAAGUGCUGCAGAUUAAAUUUACAUUUUAGUCAUUUAGCAGACACUCUUAUCCAGAGCGACUUACAGUUAGUGAGUGCAUACAUUUUCAUACUGGCCCCCCAUGGGAAAUGAACCCACAAUCCUGGCGUUGCAGAUAAAUUGAAAUACAUUUGCCAAAUUACAUAAUUACUACUUUUUCUAUAAAAAAUCUAUGAAGUCAUUGACAAUACUACACCAGCAUAAUUUAGCCACAGAGGAUCAAUAGCUUAUUAUAAAAAAUGGCUGUAGAUUGUGUUUUGUCACAUUAUGAGCACUUAGGCCUACUCUACAGUCGGGAAUCCCGCAAUUGCAAAAAUCUCUGAAGCUGGAGACUCUUAUCUCCCUCACUAACUUUAAGCAUCAGUUGUCAGAGCACCUUACCGAUCACUGCACCUGUACACAGCCCAUCUGAAAUUAGCCCACCCAACUACCUCAUCCCUAUAUUAUUAUUUAUUUUGCUCAUUUGCACCCCAGUAUCUCUAUUUGCACAUAAUCUCUUGCACAUCUAUCAUUCCAGUGUUAAUACUAAUUGUAAUUAUUUUGCACUAUGGCCUAUUUAUUGCCUUACCUCCAUAACUUGCUACAUUUGCACGUUUUGUUUUACCCCAUAUGUAACUCUGUGUUGUUGUUUUUAUCGCACUACUUCGCUUUAUCUUGGCCAGGUCGCAGUUGUAAAUGAGAACUUGUUCUCAACUGGCUUACCUGGUUAAAUAAAGGUGAAAUAAAAAAAUGAAAAAAAAUUGGGCAUCCCGCGCUGCAAAUAUAAAACAGCUGAUUGUUGAGUUGUGGCUGUCAAUGAACAGCAGGCAGCAGCUAGAAGGUAUUUCGUAAUAUUUCAAAAUACAAAGGCGGGAAAAAUCUGUUUGAAUAGGAGAGUGCCACUGGAAAGUUCGCGGGCUAUAAUUUUCCUGCUGUAGCAAACUGGCUCAAAUUAAGAUCCGACAUCUGUACACACUAUGCAGGCCCCAAUUAUUAGCCAAUUAAUUAUCAUUCUAUGCAAAAUAUUAAUAAUUGACAGUUGCACUGUCCUAAAGAUUGACCAGCCCAUCUGGAAUUUGCCCAAACUGCCCUAUGGCCAGUCAGUUUUUGCUUUAAAGUUCCUUUGGCGUUUGCAUAGCAUUUUUCAAGGUUUUACAUUGGGUUUAUGCUGUAUGUAUGUCUUUCUUGCUAGUGGUAGGCUAAGCCAGACAUUUUCCACUCCAGCUUCCCGUCGCUCUCUCUCUCAUCUACAGGUAAACAUUUAGCAAAGGGCCAGUGGAGAUUAAUGUGGGUUGUAUCAUUGUGCAUUUAACUUGGCUCUCCGUCGGCCGCCAGUGGCCGAGGGGCUUGUCACGCUUUCACAGGCAGAGGAAAUGUAAUCCGGAUAGGGCCAUGUCUAUGUCACCAACUGUCGCUACCGCUGCCACAGCCAGACUUAGCACAGAUUACUAUACUGUCCAAUAACAUUUUAUGUAAUUCUCGAAAUGAGUUAUAAAAAAUGAUAUUCUUUAAGGCCACAAUCAGGUUACGAUUUAGAGUCUGUGGAUUUUUUCCCCGUCUCUUUUCUGUUGUCAGUGACCUAUUUUUUAAGUCUUUAUGUUCUAAGUUCAUUUUUGCAGAAAGUCUAAUGCCUUACUACGGUGGGGGGGAUUUGCACGACAUGUUGCUCCCUCCUGUCUCGUCGAAAGUUUUGGAGGGGAAUUUGACCACAUUGCAUUCUCUUCCAUUGGAUCGAUCUUUCUGUGUCGUAAAGCGGUUAUGUCAGGCCCUAUUCAGAUGGACUGGCACUGCAUCCCAAAUCACACUCUAUUCCCUAUACUUUUUACUUUUGGCCCUAUGAGACCUGAUCAAAAACAGUGCACCAACUAGGGAAUAGGAUGCCAUUUGGGAUACACCCUGGAUGGCUGUCCCAGAGGGAAAAAGUCAUACAUGAUUUCAUGUUGGGACACCUUGAUCCAGUCACUUUAAGAUUCUAUUUACCGACCAUUUGCACAAGUGCAGUUGGCUCAUUGUUAGUCAGAAGGAAACACAAGACAAAAACAAAGCUUAGUUAUGAAACUGUCUAAUCACUACAAGGUUCUAAUCCUAGUUGAUGUUUUUGCUCAUACAGUAUGUCGCUUAUGUCACUAAGUCAUGUUGCGUUGCUUUUCUCCAAUUGAAUGUCAUCCAGGCUGUGUCGCCUAUAGCAGGGUGAUAGAGGAGGGGACAGACAAUGUCUACAUCCCAAAUGGAACUCUAUUCCAUAUCUAGUGUACUACUUUUGACCAGACUGUCCUAUAAGCCCAUAGGGCUCUCGUUAAUAGUAGCACACUAUAUAGGGAAUAGGGUGUCAUUUGGGACGCAGCCAGCUCAUUGAUAAAGAAAGAAGUGGUGUGGGUGAGUCCCAACCUGCCUGCCAGGCAGCAUCUCUGACUGCAGUUAUUUUUACACCUCACACAAUGGGGGAGAAAAUAGCCCCGCAAAUAGCACCACUCUCUCCUCAGCUAUAAAAGACAUCAUGCAGAAUUAAAUUCAGGGAACGAACGCUGCUGUCUCCUGAUUCCAUGGAGCUCAGCUUUGUCUCCUGACGAAGACUUCUGUGAAGUGGAAACGUUGUGUACUGUAUUUGAGUGCAGGAAUAAAGCACUGCGGAGCAGCAAAAUUCAUUGUACAGUCCUCUCAUUCCUACAGUGUAUAUCUCAGUGUCAUUUUUUUGUCCAGCACUGGUAUUCUCAAGUUUAGGAUGUGCAUAUCACCCUUCUUUUCUUCAUGCACAGCUUUUUAUACCCUAAACAAAUGCUACAGACUACAGAGAAACUUGACAUUAUCAUUAUGGAUGUGACAAAUUAAAAAUAUGUUUUUCCGUUAAAACGAUAAGAAGAAUGUAUAAAAUUCCAUGUGAAUGCACAAUGCAGCUGCGCUGCUGCCAGCAACAGUUUGGGUCUCACAGUGUGUCCCUUUCAGAUGGUUAAGCAUUGCAGCUGUACUACCAUUACUCUACCUCAAUUCCACCUCACAAAGUUAGCAUUUCCUUCUCAUUUAACUUCUCAAAGUAUUGCCAUACAAGAUUUCGCUGCUGUUGCUUUCCUUUCUCUGACAUUUUUACAACUGUUAAUGACGAUGACAUAGUGGUAGAGAGUCAACUCCAAAAUAAUUAAUUACUCGACUCCUUGCACGUCGACUUCCGGUGUUGACUCCCGUUUCUAAAUGUUAAGAUUGGAUUCCGCUAGGAAUAGACUCCUAAGAUUCUGUAUUUUUGGAACUGAGGAGACUGAUUAGUUGUCGUACUUUCAAGAACACAAACACUUGCAUAUUUCAUAGCGAGCUAGCGAGGGACAGAGAGAGAGGGUAGGGGCACAGUAUAGGCAGGUCGGACACCAGGCAGACAGUCAGAACCGUGCACUAGGCCUAUCUGUAUCUCACAAUUUCUUGGCUUGCAAUGUCUCGGCAACUUCAAUUAAUAGGCUAGGUUAUUGAGAUGAGCGAGAUGCAACACUUCGCUCUCACACGGUCACACACAGUAUCUGUACAUGUGCACAGGUUCGCUUCAAGCUGUUUACAGCUUGGGAGCUAGGGCACCAAAACAGCAGAGAAGUUGAGCCUCGCGCUUCAAUGCUCUUAGUUGUUGAGGAAAAUCGACCCACUAUUGCCCACUUAUUGACCCACUAACAUCGUUUUUCGGUUGGGAUUUUUCUUAAAGUUAAGGAUCCCAAUUUUGUUUAAUCAUUUGAAUGUUUAAACGUUCACACCCCUAAUUAUCAUGUCUUGUGUAACCGAAACGUUUAAUCUCUCCGUUUUCUUUCUUUGGCAGACUAAACCAGUUGCGUUUGCUGUCCGCACCAAUGUCAACUACUGUUCCACCAAUGAUGAUGGAGUCCCCGUGCCGGGCAUGGCCAUCUCCUUUGAGGCUAAAGACUUCCUCCACGUCAAAGAGGUCAGGGGUCACAGUAAUAUCACAUGAUGAUGAGGUGGAGAAGGGGAAGAAUGAUGAUGAUGAUGAUUAUGAUGAUGAUGGCAAUAACAAUGAUGAUGAUGAUGAGGAGGAGGAAGGUGAGGUUAAAAAUAAUUAUGAUAAAGGUGGUGAUGAUAAUGAUAAUGAUGAUGAGCAGAUGGAAAAGUCUGAUUUAUUAACCCCUCACGUCUGUCCCCUUGUUGUAGAAAUUUAAUAAUGACUGGUGGAUAGGGCGUCUGGUGAAGGAAGGCUGUGAAAUCGGUUUUAUCCCCAGUCCUGUGAAGAUCGAGAACACUCGGGUACAACACGAGCAGAGAGCCAAACAGGGCAAGUUCCACUCCAGGUAGCUACCAGCCCCCUCGCUCAUUGCAAUCACCACGGAAACUAACAUGCACCUCACCCAAUCAUGAUGCUGCCAUUGAGCCGACACUGGACAGGGCUCGACAUUAACGGUUGUCCGCUUGCCCGGGUCAAGUAAAAGUUAUUGCCGGACAAGCAGAUUAUAUAGUAGGUUGUCCGAAUGGACUAGCUAAGUAAUAUUACGCAAAAAUCUAAAUGUCAAACAAUUAGGCUACUCCGAUCAGAAUUGUAUCAAAGUGUCUUUCGGAUGCGAUGUGUUACGCACUUACCUCCCAAUCUCUGCAGAGCGCAUUGGUGUAUACUUAUUGUAGGCCUGCACUGACAGAUCUGACACCGGCACUCGUGUAGGCUAUAACAGCAAAUGGCUGACACACAGUUAAUCUACACAAAAGUAUGUGGACACCCCUUCAAAUGAGUGGAUUUGUCUAUUCCAGCCACAUCCGUUGCUGACAGGUGUAUAAAAUCGAGAACACAGCCUUGCAAUCUCCAUAGACAACAUUGGUAAUAGAAUGACCUGUACUGAAGAGCUCAGUGACUUUCAACGUGGCACCGUCAUAGGAUGCCACCUUUCCAACAAGUCAGUUAGUCAAAUUUCUGCCCUGCUAGAGCUACCCCGGUCAACUGUAAGUGCUGUUAUUGUGAAGUGGAAACGUCUAGGAGCAACAACGGCUAAGCUGCGAAGUGGUAGGCCACACAAGCUCACAUAACGGGACCGCCGAGUGCUGAAGCGCGUAGCGUGUAAGAAUCUUCUAUCCUCAGUUGUAACACUCACUACUGAGCUCCAAACUGCCUCUGGACGCAACGUCAGCACAAUAACUGUUUGUCGGGUUUCCAUGGCCGAGCAGCACACACAAGCCUAAGAUCACCAUGCACAAUGCAAAGCGUCGGCUGGAGUAGUGUAAAGCUCACCACCAUUGGACUCUGGAGCAGUGGAAACGCGUUCUCUGUAGUGAUGAAUCAUGCUUCACAAUCUGGCAGUCCGACAGGCGAAUCUGGGUUUGGCGGAUGCCAGGAGAACGCUGCCUGCAGCAAUGCAUAGUGCCAACUGUAAAGUUUGGUGGAGGAGGAAUAAUGGUCUGGGGCUGUUUUUCAUGGUUUGGGCUAGGCCCCUUAAUUCCAAUGAAGGGAAAUCUUAACGCGACAGCAUACAAUCACAUUCUAGAUAAUUCUGUGCUUCCAACUUUGUGGCAACAGUUUGGGGAAGGUCCUUUCCUGUUUCAGCAUGACAAUGCCCCUUGCACAAAGUGAGGUCCAUACAGAAAUGGUUUGUCGAGAUCGGUGUGGAAGAACUUGACUGGCCUGCACAGGGACCUCAACCCCAUCAAAAACCUUUGGGAUUAAUUGGAACGCCGACUGCGAGCCAGGCCUAAUCGCCCAACAUCAGUGCCCAACCUCACUAAUGCUCUUGUGGCUGAAUGGAAGCAAGUCCCCGCAGCAAUGUUCCAACAUCUAGUGGAACGCCUUCCCAGAAGAGUGGAGGCUGUUAUAGCAGCAAACUCCAUAUUAAUGCCCAUGAUUUUGGAAUGAGAUGUUCGAGGAACGGGUGUCCACAUACUUUUGGCCAUGUAGUGUAGGUGUGCAGUUGAUGAAACCAAUGCUGCAUACUCCGGUUGUAAAACAGUCUCUCAAGUGCUCAAGAGUAGCCUAACUCCUAUGCUGUUAAUAUCUCCCUGGCCUGAACACUGAAUAUUUUAGCCUUACAAAGAGAUAAACAUCUUAGUUAGCUACAUCGCCCACCUUAGCUAUUUGAUCCCUGGUUCAUUCAUUGAGUGAUGGAAUUAUUUUAUAAAGACGUAAAAGUAUUUGGUGAUAAUUGUAAUGUUACAGGGUGGCCAACCAUCCUCCAGGAGUCCAGGAGAGCUACUGGGUGUGUAGGCUUUUGCUCCAGCCCUGCAUGAACACACCACAUUGUACAAAAAGAUCUGCUGCUCAACAGGACCUUGAUAAGCUAACUCUGGUGUUUGAGCAAGGUUGGGUCAAGAGCCUGCACUCCCAGUAGCUCUCCAGAUGACGGACCACAUGUGUUUUAUACAGUAGUCUAUCAGUGCAGUAUUUUACUUUGUGGGCGGUUGGGCUCAAGGACACAACGGCAGGAGAUAUAAUACAUGGGAUCAGAGAGCAGCAGCCUUCCAUUGUCAAUACCAGUGAUAAUAAUGAAUGUAUAUUGUGAAGUGGUUCCUUGUAUCAUACAACACCAUUUUCAGUCACAUUUUUGGGGACAAGUAAAAAAUCUGUCCUAUUUGUCCGAAAGACAAGUGGCUAAAAAAGUUAAUGUCAAGCGCUGCUUGAGAUAUCCGACACUAUCAACUAGCAACACCUCAAAUAUGCUGAUAUGAAUGACAUACUGAUAUGAAGUAUUUAUCUUUGCAGUAAAUCAGGAGCAAACUCCUCUACCAGUUUAGGUGAAGUGGUUCCUAACUCGCGGAAAUCCACCCCCCCUUCCUCUGGUGAGUAAAGGAAGCCCUUGGAGCAGGGUUUGAGAGCAGGGUUUUGACAGUUGUCAACAUGUUUUUCGCUAACACAAACUUCCAUCAACCUCUAAGAGGGCUUGAGUAUAAAGGCUGAUAAAACUAGAACACCAUUUUUAUUAGUAAGGUCAUUAUUUUGACCUUACUGCUGGCUUGUCUUUAGUACACUUCAGGAAAUUUGACCAAUCAGUUAGUAAGUCAACAGGAUGUAGGCCCAUAGUAAAAAUGUUAGAAUGGUAUUUUUGUAUUACUGUGGCCUUAAAUGUUUGCUUAACUUAUGUGCUAUUGGUUACUGUCAGUGCUCUUUUUCUGUAUAGUCAAACCAUAGUUUGACUAUAGUUGGCUAUGGUUUGUAUAGUUUGUAAAUGUGCUGGAAUAACCUGUGUAUCUGUUCAGUGUUAGGUAUUCAUUGUUACCCCUGUAGCCUUCUGUGUAUUGCCUCUGUGUGACGGUGGCCUUGUGUGUCUGUGUGCGUAGCCGUUGAUAUAGACGCCACAGGCUUAGAUCCCGAGGACAAUGAGCUUCCAGUCCACCUUCGCUCCCCUAAAGUCAGUCAGCCAAACACUGUCAUGUCACCCACCCUAGCCAAAGACAAACGAAUGCCCUUCUUUAAGAAGGUAAAUGUGGCACUACGCCGGUAUUCACUCUCUACCUGUAUCUCCUCUCCUAUGUCCGUCCGUCCACACGGCCACCCAUGACAACUGCCUGACUGUGGCUGCUCAGCAUCACUCAUCCGUUCGUCUGUCCGUUCUGUUUAUCCUACGUGUCUUACUGCCAGAGUCCAUGUCUCUUCCCUGCGCUGGGCGUUUGAGCCAUUAGCAUGCAUGUUGCCUGUUUCUUAACGCUCUUUCUCUCUCCUCUUCCAUCUGGGCUGUAGCUAAGCAGAAGCAGAAGUCGGUAAGUGAAGUUAGCAUGCAGCACACACCAAAUCCCCAGCAGGGCCUUGGGGGUCUGGGGGAUGUGAUUCUGUGAUUUCUCUGCAGUGGUUGUUUUUUUGACUCCCCUCUCACUCACUGUUGUCGCUGUGGUCUUUGUGUUUGUGUGUGUACGUGCGUGCGUGAUGCAGAUUUAGUGGGAACUCAGCGUAUCCAACUCUUAAACCAGAAGAGUAUAUCUACAGUAACAGCUAUUGACGUCCUCUUGUUGGUUUGGUUGUGUUUAUCACACAGGAACAAGAAUCAAGUGUGACCUCUAUUAGAACAAAUACAACAACUAUUAUUGUGUUGUUCUUAUUAUGAAACGUAAAUCUAUUCUUAUGGAAAGCACUGCUAUAUUAAUACACCAUUCCAAAGGAGUUAGGACCAUCCCGUAAGGGCUUCCUUGGCACAUGAUGGGAUGUUAGUGUGUGUGUAAUGUGUGUGAUGUGUGUGAUGUGUGUGAUGUGUGUAAUGUGUGUGAUGUAGCCCUACCUUAUACACAUAACACAACACAGAGUUCUCAGUCAUAGUGUGCACUCCAUGACUUGACUUGGAGCAAAACUUGGCAAACCCCAAAAUCCUCUCAAAAAAAGUAUAUUUCUUAAAACCAUUUUUUUAAACAAUAAUCAGCAUACAAAAUGAUGCAGAGGUACAAUCUAAUGUCCUUUCUAAGACCAUACAACUACAACAACUAUGGCAACAAUAGCCACCAUUUUUAAUCAUCUAGCAGCGUGCAUUUUUUUUUGUAACAAUAGCCCUGUAGCCUGGGCCAGGAAAAUAUGGCCUAAAUUAUCUGUGACUACAGUGACCGGUAGUUCUCCAGCAGCACUUUCCCCACUCUGAUGUAACAAGAGUUCCCCAGGGACAGCCAGUGACGGCAGCAGAUGUUACCAGUUCAAGAAAAAUGAAAGUGAGCGAGACAGAGAGAGACAGAUACAGGAAAAAACAGAGAGAGACAGAUACAGGAAAAGAGAUAGAGACCUAGAAAGACAGGGAGCUGGAGAGAGAGAGAGCUAGGGGGAGAGAGAGAGAAAGAGAGGGAAAGAGAUGGAGAGAGAAAAAGACAGGUACACUGAACAAAAACAUAAAGUGUUGGUCCCAUGUUUCAUGAGCUGAAAUAAAAGAUCCCAGAAAUGUUCCAUACGCACAAAAAGCUUAUUUCUGUCAAAUUUUGUGCACAAAUUUGUUUCCAUCUUGUGCCGGGGACAAUAAAAGGCCACUCUAAAAUGUGCAGUUUUGUCACACAACACAAGUUUUGAGUGAGUGUGGAAUUGGCAUGCUGACUCCAGUAAUGUCCACCAGAGCUGUUGCCAGAGAAUUUAAUGUUCAUUUCUCUACCACGUCGUUUUUAGAGAAUUUGGCAGUACGUCCAACCGGCCUCACAACCGCAGACCACGCGUAACCACGCCAGCCCAGGACCUCCACAUCCGGCUUCUUCACCUGCGGGAUCAUCUGAGACCAACCACCCAGACAGCUGAUGAAACUGUAGGUUUGCACAAAUGAAGAAUUACUGCACAAACAGUCAGAAACUGUCUCAGGAAAGCUCAUCUGUGUGCUCGUCGUCCUCACCAGGGUCUUGACCUGACUGCAGUUCGGCGUCGUAACAGACUUCAGUGGGCAAAUGCUCACCUUCGAUGGCCACUGGCACGCUGGAGAAGUUUGCUCUUCACGGAUGAAUCCCGUUUUCAACUGUACCGGGCAGAUGGCAGACAGCGUGUAUGGCAUCGUGUGGGCGAGUGGUUUGCUGAUGUUAACGUUGUGAACAGAGUGGGUUUAUGGUAUGGGCAGGCAUAAGCUACAAACAGCAAACACAAUUGCAUUUUAUCAAUGGCAAUUUGAAUGCACCGAGAAACCGUGACGAGAUCCUGAGGCCCAUUGUCUGCCAUUCAUCCACAGGCAUCACCUCAUGUUUCAGCAUGAAAAUGUCCAAGUUCUUCCAUGGCCUGCAUACUCAGCAGACAUGUCACUCAUUGAGCAUGUUUGGGAUGCUCUGGAUUGACGUGUACGACAGCGUGUUCCAGUUCCAGACAAUAUCCAGCAACUUCGCACAGCCAUUAAAGAGGCGUGGGACAACAUUCCACAGGCCAAAAUCAACAGCCUGAUCAACUCUAUGUGAAGGAGAUGUGUCGUGCUGCAUGAGGCAAAUGGUGGUUACACCAGAUACUGACUGGUUUAAUCCACACUAUACCUUUUUUUAAAGGUAUCUGUGACCAACGUAUCUGUGACCAACAGAUGCAUAUCUGUAUUCACAGUCAUGUGAAAUCAAUAGCCUAAUUAAUUUAUUUGAAUUGAUCGAUUUCCUUAUAUGAACUGUAACUCAGUAAAAAUCUUUGAAAUUGUUCCAUGUUGCGUAUAUAUUUUGGUUCAGUGUAGUUAGCAGUAAUAUAAAGUCGUGAAAGAAGAUUAGAUUACAUUAGAAAACGUUAUUGUCCAUUCACUUUCCACAGAAGAGGAGGUAGAAGCGUGACAAACCGACUCAGUGCAACGUCUGCCUCUCUCUCUCUGUCUCUCGCUCGCUCUCUCUCUCUAUGCUUUCAUUUCCCUGCAAAGCAAUGGCGUGUCUGUCUGUCAGUCUGUCUGAGUGUUCCUCAUACUGCACUGUCACGCCACUGUGACAGCACACGCAGAUGUUUCAUUAGAGGUCUACUGCCUCGCUGUCACACACAGACAGAUCCCUCUGCAGCUGUCACUGAGAUACACUGAGCUCCUACUCUGUCGCUGUGUGACUGGGUGUUUUUUUUUUCUGCUAGUCUGCUUCUCUCUAGUUUGCAUUUCUAGCCUUCUGUUAUGAUUAUCCCUGUUCUGACUAAUGAGUUCCUCUACUGACAUUACCCUUUGAGUAGAUAAGAAUUGUGAAAUGAGAGAUUCUGCUCAGUCUCCACACUCAACACAAGUAUACCUUGACUUCCAUACAUUGAUUGAUUGUUGUUCAUGUUAAGAGUCUUGUCAAUUCAUUAGGGGUUGGGUGAAGAUAAACAUAUUUAUUCUAAGAGCAAACACAAACAGAUUAUCUUAAUAUUUGCUCAUUGUAUGAUAUCAUUUCUUACUUUUUCAUAUUUACUCAAAAUGAAAACAAAACACCCCUAUCUCUAUGGGUCCGAACAUUCUAGCUGGCAUCCUUGUGUGUUGAGUGUAAACUGGGACUGGCAGUUAGGACAACUAAUUGCAUAGUUCCUUUCAGUUCUAUUAAAUGGUCUAGUGCAGGGUUUCCCAAACUCGGUACUGGCCCCAGGACCGAGUUUGGGAAACCCUGGUCUAGUGUGUUGUGCUUUGCUGUUCCCCGCUGGACGUAGUGUGUAAUUCUGUGUGUGGCUGCGUACCAAAUGCCACCCUAUUCCCUAUUAAGUGCACUACUUUUUACCAGGGCCCUGCCUUGGUCCAACAUAGUGCACUAUGUAGGGAAUAGGUUGUCAUUUGGGAUGCAGACAGUGUAUAAUAAUCUCCCUGGAUGUGAAGCUGAUGGGUUGUAUUCUCUCGUUGGGCAGACGGAACACAUUCCUCCAUACGACGUUGUGCCUUCCAUGCGCCCUGUGGUCCUGGUUGGACCGUCACUGAAGGGCUAUGAGGUAACAGCAUUAAGUUAUAAGGGAUUGUUAUAAAUUGUUGUAAAGUUGUUAUUAGGGAUUAUUACUGACACUACCACUACUACACUCACGAGGACAUUAUGUUUCGAUUACAACGGUCGCGUUCCACUGCUUAGACGUUGCCAGAUCUUACAACGCCUGGAUAGGUAUUUUACCUAUCAGCUAACCACAUCAUAUGUUCUAGCAAUCUGUCAGUCGAUGACACAGUUGAUGAUGUGGCACGAAAUCAUUGGUUGAUACAUGCAAUGUCUAAGCAGUGGAAUGCGACCUACUUGUUAAAGGGGUAGUUCACCCAAAUUACUAAAUGACAUGUUGGUUUCCUUACCCUGUCAGCAGUCUAUGGACAAGGUAUGAAAGCAAUCCAAUGCGAUGGUUUAGUUUCCCUGGCACUGUUUCCAAAUGUUAACAUUUUAGCAUUUGUGGCACAAAUCCCAAUCAAGUCAUGGGACCGAUAUUAGCAUUUUUUUCGCACAUCAUGUCCAAAUCAUUCGAAAGUAUCUAAAAUCUAUUGUGAAGCUCAACAAAGUCACUUAUAUAUGAUUUGAACAUGAUCCGUGAAAAAUGCUAAUAUCGGUCCCAUGACUUGAUUGGGAUUUGUGCCACAAAUGCAAAAAUGUUAACAUUUGGAAACAGUGCCAGGGAAUUGCUGUCUGCCAGGGAAACUAAACCAAACAAUGGAUUGCUGUCAUACCUUGUCCAUAGACUGUUUACAGGGUAAGGAAACCAAUGUGUCAUUUUGUCAUUUGGGUGAAGUAUCUCUUUAAGGUUGCAAGGUUCUGGUAACUUUCCCAAACUUCCCACGUUUUCCAGAAUUCAUGGUUGGAGGAUUCUGGAUUUCCUGCUUAUUCCCUCCUGUUUCUGCAAAUCUGCCAAAUGGGAUUUCUGGAAAACCUAGACGUUUUGGGAAAGUUACUGGAAUUUUAACACCCUACUACUCACACUAGCAGCACUACUCAACUCAAUAAUAUAUUCUGUUUACACUAACUACACUUCUCCUAAUAGUUGUUGUUGUGGACACAUGGAUACACUGACAGAGUUGAGAUGUGUCUCUGUGCAUUAGUGGGAGGCAGACAGGGGCAGGGGUCUCUGGAACCUGGUGAGAACAGGACACGCUAAGCUGAGGAGGACCACAGUUGAUUACAAGGGGAAGGCUGAAGUGCUAUCAGUCAAUACUGAAACAACAAUCUGUGCAGUGGGGCUCCCUUUUUCAGUAACAGAGAGCUUGCUUUGAUUCACCCACCCAUGCACUCACACACAUAGUCUGUUUUCAUGAUGGUGGUUCCUAAAAUGUUCACUAUGUUUCUAUUGUCCAUUUGGUUUCAGGUGACCGAUAUGAUGCAAAAAGCACUGUUUGACUUUUUGAAACACAGAUUUGAGGGAAGGUAAGUUGAGCUGUCCCGGCUUUCCUUCCUUCCCUCUGUUUUUUUCUCUCUCUGUAUCCUUGUUCAGUCUGCUCUGCCUGAGUCCUAUAGGCUGGUAUUAGUCGUCCCUGGAGGUUUUGCAGAGGGAGUGUGUAACAAGUUUGUUUGGCCUGGAGAUGUGCUAGCUGCUGCUUUAAAUAGGCCCUCUCCAUGUCCUUAAUUGGCUAUAUUGGGCCCUAGUGCGGUGCAGGGUUCUCCUCAGCUCCUCUCCUCUCCAUGCACCAGUCCCUGCAUUGGCUGCCUGGCCACUUUCCCAUCCACAGUAGGAAAUGAUGUUACAAAACAUAGGCUCAUUAGCUUAUACUGUACAUUGUUUUAUUUCCCUCUCAAAGUGCCACCCUUUUGAUAAUCAACAAUGUGUUUUACAAAGCAUACUCUCACCACCCUCUGGCCUCUUCUACCAAACCUUGCUUAGAAAUCACAAAACUCUCCCCUCUUCAUUAUGGACUGUAGCCUAUGUCAUUUUGCUGCAAUGCCAUUUUGUUUCUAAUGCUGUACUUUUUCCAAGUGUUAAAUAUUUGAUUGGUAAGGCUGUUUCAGAAAUCAGAGCAUGCUCUAUUCUCUCGGUGACCAGUUAUUUUCUCUCUGAUUUCCUAUCAGAAUAUCAAUCACUCGAGUCACGGCAGACAUCUCUCUUGCCAAACGCUCCGUCCUCAACAACCCUAGUAAACACGCCAUCAUCGAGCGAUCCAACACACGCUCCAACCUUGGUAAGUUUGGAAGUAUGAGGCUGGGAAACCUCUGUGUUCUUCUAGUGCCCAUUGUAUGUAGAGAUACUAAUUCAUUGCAUAGAGAGAAGGGAAAGAGUAAAAGAUUAAAGAAAGUCUUUGGAUGUUUUCAAAAUGGCACCCUAUUCCCUAUAUAGUGGACUACUUUUGACCAGGGCCCAUAGGGCUCUAGUCGAAAAUAGUGCAUUAUAUAGGGAAUAGGGUGCCAUUUAGGGCACAACCUUGGAGACGGUUAUAAUGCAGAUCUACAGAUGUUGGAAGGGGAAGAAUGACCUGGCCAGGCUUGUGAUUAAAAAGGUUUGCUUUUGGAACGAAAGAGAGAGAAAGAAAGGAGAGAUACCUGCUGCCAGGUAACAAGGUCAAGAACACAGCUGAUUUUAACAGGUUUAAGUAACAAGCUGCGAUAACAAUGAAACAUGACCUCACGGUGGUGGCCAGAGAGCCAACGGAACUACGGAAGCCACGUAGCUAAUUUUUGUGUUGGAUCGCCCCCGUGGUGCUCUGUAAGGUUACUCAUGUGUUGCGUCUUGCGUCCCAAAUUGCACCCUAUUCACUACAUAGUGCACUACUUUUGACCAGAGUCAUAUGGGCCCUGGUCAAAAGUAGUGCACUAAAUAGGGAGUAGGGUGCCGGUUGCUCCAGUACACUCUUAGAAAAAAAGGUGCUAUCUAGAACCUAAAACAGUUCUCGGCUGUCCCCAUAGAAGAACCCUUUUUGGUUCCAGGUAGAACUCCUUUGGAACCCUUUUUUCUAAGAGUGUAGGCAUGGGAUAAACCCGCUCAUCUUUAAAGAUACAUUAGCACUGGGCCACACUCAAAACAUUGCACAACUCCAAUCUUUGUGCUCCACUUAUGACUAAAAGCUCUUUAACUUGAAGCCAAUGCAACUGGAUAAUUAUUUUGUCACUUCAGGGACUGAUGUGUUGACAGUACGCUGAACCCUGACUAUGUCAGCUGGUAGAGCACGGCGCUUGUAACGCCAAGGUAGUGGGUUCGAUCCCCGGGACCACCCAUACACAAAAAAUGUAUGCACGCACGACUGUAAGUCGCUUUGGAUAAAAGCGUCUGCUAAAUGGCAUAUUAUUAUUAUUAUUAUGUCUUGAUGGUGAUACAGGGGUGAAAGUGGGCUAAGCCAGUACGGUCCUGUAAAUAGUAUGUGUAGGCCUACGCCGUGCCGGUAAAACGUGAGCCUAUCACAAUAAUUAAAAUGAAAUGCCAAGAAAACUAUAGGCAAUUACAUCAUUAUUUAACAUUACCGCAUGUCAGCUGCAUACAAAUUAUUGACUUGAAUUGACUUGAAAACGGGCAGUAUACCCUCCAAAUUGCGUUGUGGUUCAAUGAGAACACUAACAUUUUUCCAAGGCGGAGAUAAGUGGCCAAGACCGAGACGCGCGCAUACAACAGUGUACGCAUCAAUUCUGGCAGCAAGUUUAGUGGGCCUAAUGACAAUCGCUGAAUUAUAAUUACCAGACACACAUCUGGACUAUCAGCGCAAUUUCCGACAACAAACAAAUAGGGCAGGAGGUGGGUGUAUCUUAGUCAUGGGCAGCUCUCGAUGGGCAAACAAAACCUUUGUUUGAGCUGCUAAUGAAAGUGUUGCUAGGGAGAUUUUCUGGACUGUUCAUGAUUUAUGUAUAUGACCUAACUGUGUCUAUCUGGAGAAAAGUGCAUUAGCUAAUACAUCUUUUCACGUUAAUACUGGUUACUUCCAAUUUUCACAUGAUCCUAUAGUAUUAUAGAUGUGGCGAUAGUUGUUUAUAUUUGUUUUUGAGCCAGCAAUGCAUGUUAAAGGGAGUUUUUCCCCUUUUCUCUGUCAAUAUUCCAUUUUACUCAAUGAAAUUUGGCACGACGGUUGAAGACUCAAUUCCUUAAAUGGUCAGCAGAUGGCGCCGCGAUCUGCUCGCUAGUUUUCUUGUUGGAAGAAUCUAUAGAAAUGUAUCAUUCUCCCGUAGGGAUUCUCUAAGAAGAUAUUUAAGAAAUUCCACUAAGUUGUCAACAGUGAUGCUCAAAAGACCGAGAAAGAUUACAUAUCAGACAGAAGUGCCUUCCAUUUGAUUAACCGAGAAAUAUGUUGAUGUAAUUAAAAUAAUAUUUUCUCUGCUCUUUUACCGCAAAUCAUGAAGGAAAGCUAAGUAAUUACAUGUGGGCUAACAGGCUAAUAUUUAAUUGUUGUUGAAGGAGAAACAGAAAAGAUAGACAGAAUUAGAAUCAGAGAUCAUACAGUCUCAUUCAAAGUGAGAAAUGCAGCGUGUCCUCAUUGGCAAUCUAUCUGUUCUAUAUACUGAGCUGUGACGCAAAACUGAAACCUAGCCACUCUCGUAUCUUAGCUAACUAGUUACUUACACACGUUUUUAGCUAACUAGCUAACGUUAUAUCCUGACAAAAUUGAUGCUCAAUAUAUUUUUGUUCUCAGCCAUAUCUAAGCCAUAUUCAAAAUAGAAUUCAAGCCAGACACCCUACAUUAUUGAAAUUGUAUCUGUUUCGUUAGUUGACAUUGUAACAUUAGUUACUAGCUAGCUAACUUGCUUGCUAGCCAGGCUCCCGGGUUCACGUCUCGUCUGAGCAGCCCAGCUAUGGCACAAGUUGGCUAGCUGGCUAACUCGUCGUGACAAAAUUGACCUCAGCAUACUUCUUUUGUUCCCUCAUUGUGACAACAUUGACCCUCAACAUUCAAUUACAGUGGGGGAAAAAAAGUAUUUAGUCAGCCACCAAUUGUGCAAGUUCUCCCACUUAAAAAGAUGAGAGAGGCCUGUAAUUUUCAUCAUAGGUACACGUCAACUAUGACAAACAAAAUGAGGAAAAAAAAUCCAGAAAAUCACAUUGUAGGAUUUUUAAUUAAUUAAUUUGCAAAUUAUGGUGGAAAAUAAGUAUUUGGUCAAUAACAAACGUUUCUCAAUACUUUGUUAUAUACCCUUUGUUGGCAAUGACACAGGUCAAACGUUUUCUGUAAGUCUUCACAAGGUUUUCACACACUGUUGCUGGUAUUUUGGCCCAUUCCUCCAUGCAGAUCUCCUCUAGAGCAGUGAUGUUUUGGGGCUGUUUUUUGGCUGGUUUCUGUAUAAGCACUUUGUGACAUCUGCUGAUGUAAAAAGGGCUUUAUAAAUACACUUGAUUGAUUGAUUGACUAAUGAUCAUCAGCAUCAUCAGAGCGCAGUUUUGGAGAAGCCUAGUUACUGUGACUCACCGGUCAGCUAGGUAACGUUAACAACCAUCACUGCCCAGCGACAGUUUCAACAAACAAAGCAUCAACUUUUUACCUUAGAUAAUUCUUACCUUAACAUAAUAGCUAGUUAGCGAUUUUCAUGUCCUAACAUUACAGAAUGGUAUUCACUCGCUUAUGAAAAAAAUGCUCCCGUUCUUCUUCUAUGGUAUUAUGGAGGCCCGCAAACAAACAUUAGAGGUGCAUGCCGCCACCAACUAUACUUGAGUGUGUAGUCAAUCACAGCUUACAGACUAAAUAAAUAAACAAACACAUGCUUCACUGUUUCAUCAACCAUACACUACGUACACAAACCGUUCACAUGCUUACCUACCAGAUGUAAUGAUGAGUUCAAUGUACAGGGUACUAGGCGUAACCGAGCAAACACAACCUCUUUCUUCCUAAUCUGACCAUUGAAUCUUGGUCCACCAAUCUUUCUUUGGAGGGCAUAUAAAUGCCGGCCCUUGGGCUCGCUGUCCCAUCUCUUCUGCCACACAUCUAUCAUAAUGGCUCUAAUCUUACAUUUGGCUUUACCUACCUCUCCCAGUCGUACUGUCGGAACUAACUUGACUGUCUUUCAGGGUUCCCCAAAUGUAUGCAUAUUUAAAUAAUUAUCUAGUUCAUAAACUAGUUAUGUAAUUGUAAGACCUUUUUACAGUUGGUCUAUUGUCUGUAACUUAAACUGUUAAAGAGCUGUACAAUUUUGAAAACCAACCACUUUAGACUGCCGUUGACAGCCAUGUUGUUUCAUGCCAUUUCAAAUAGUUAUAAUGCAAAGUAAUAAUGUUUGGUGGCAGGAUAUGUGCUACUAUCAGACCUUCCGCAAAAAAACAACUGGAAAUUAAUACAAAAAUGAUGUUUUAAGUGAAAUAUUAGCUUUUGUCUAUAGCUGAAAAAGACAGGAAAUUCAAAAUCUAAUUUGACCUAUGCACUAACAAGGCUUUUCAGCAUAAGCAGCUUGACUACUGCUACUGUAGCUUUAUUGAUCUACUUUUGAUCAACAGAUGUACUCACAUUGGAUGAGUUGAUUAGGAUUCAAACCUUCUUUCAAACAGCCUAAUACAUACUCUUAGAGUAUGUAUUAGGCUGCUAGAAUGGAGUACUCUAGCAGUAGUCAAGCUGUUAAUGCUGAAAAGCCUUGUUAGUGCAUAGGUCAAAUUAGCUUUUGAAUUUCAGUUUUAAUUCAGCAAAAGCUAAUAUUUGACUUAAAACAUAGUUUUUUGUAUUAAUAUCCAUUGAUCCAUUGUGUUGCUAAUCUCUCCUUCUCUCACCGCAGCUUAACUGAAGGGCAGAAUGAAAGCGGAUCUAUGGUUUGAAUCUCGUUCUCUCUCUCUCUCUCUCUCUCUCUGUCUGUCUGUCUGUCUGUCUGUCUGUCUGUCUGUCUGUCUGUCUGUCUGUCUGUCUGUCUGUCUGUCUGUCUGUCUGUCUGUCUGUCUGUCUGUCUGUCUGUCUGUCUGUCUGUCUGUCUGUCUGUCUGUCUGUCUGUCUGUCUGUCUGUCUGUCUGUCUGUCUGUCCGUCCGUCUGUCUCUCUCUCUGUCUGUCUGUCUGUCUGUCUGUCUGUCUGUCUGUGUCUCGUCUGUCCCUCCCUCCACCUCUCUCGUUCUCUCUUAGUAGCUGAAGUGCAGAGUGAGAUAGAGCGUAUCUUUGAACUGGCCCGGACCUUACAGCUGGUGGUUCUGGACGCAGACACCAUCAACCACCCGGCCCAACUGGGCAAGACCUCCCUGGCCCCUAUCAUCGUCUACGUCAAGAUCUCCUCUCCUAAGGUGAGGCUAAGCAACGCAAACAAGUGGCAACUUACAUUUCCAUUUCACAAAAUGCACUUUGGUAGUUAAUAAUAUGUGUAGUUGUGUAAAGGUAGAUGCAGGCCAGGCAAACACUGGUAAACGGUCCAGUGUGAGAGCAGUGAGUGACAGAUUGAUGAAGUAAACGGAGCUGAAUUGAAAGUCUCCUGAGACUCUGUGGAAAGUAGUGAAGUUGUCUACUUGUUUUUGAGGUCUAUGGAUGUGCCUGGUGCAUUGGUGCAGUCUUGUCAUUGCUCAUAUUGCCUUUUUCUAACUGAAUGGCGUCCUGUUCGGGUUAUUAAAUACGACCUGUCAGCGCUGACUACUCCGCUCGUCUGAAUGGGAGAGCGUGAAGUACGUGAGGCGACUGAUUCAUCACGCUAACCUUCAGCCAUAGUGUAAAUAACACCCAUGAUUCAAAUAUCCUUUAAAAAACGCUGGCAUUUGAGUAAGAUAAAAAGGGAAAGAAGGGGUGUGAAUUACGGCUCUAAAUCAAAUUGUUGGCAGUCUGAAUCACACCUCGAUGGGAUAAACCAAGUCUAUCUGACUCCUCUUUUUAUCAACUGCUGCUGCUGUGAAUCAGUAUAAUCGCAGUUCUACUUUGGUGCUGAUGUUAGGUGAAUGUUUCCACGUUGUUGCUACAUCAGAGUUGACUUUGCUACGGUGCUGAUGACGCUGUGAUGUGUUGGAGUUGACUUAGUUUCGGUGUUGACGAUGCUUUCAUGUGAUGGAGUUGACUUUGUUACGGUGUUGACAUGAUUUCAUGUGAUGGAGUUGACUUUGUUACGGUGUUGACAUGAUUUCAUGUAAUGGAGUUGACUUUGUUACGGUGUUGACAUGAUUUCAUGUGAUGGAGUUGACUUUGUUACGGUGUUGACGUGAUUUCAUGUGAUGGAGUUGACUUUGUUACGGUGUUGACAUGAUUUCAUGUGAUGGAGUUGACUUUGUUACGGUGCUGAUGGUGCCAUGACUCUCAUGCCCCUCGCUCAUAUUUCCCACAGGUUCUGCAGAGGCUCAUCAAGUCCAGAGGGAAGUCCCAGGCCAAGCACCUCAACGUCCAGAUGGUUGCCGCAGACAAACUGGCCCAAUGCCCUGCCGUGAGUAUAGCCAAACCACUGCCCAGAGGUCGCUGCUACCUGGAUCACGCCCACCACAUCUAAUAAUUCUGGACAUUUCAUAAUAGUAUUUAUGUAUGCAGAUUGAAGAUUUGGGUCUCUGUGCAUCAAGCCUCUAUUGAUACCUUAAAGGAGACUAUCAAGGGCUGAAUCCUAACUUGCGAAACUCACACUGAAAACACACACUCAAGUUACUUGAAGUCUUAUGUAUAUUGCCACAGAUGUCGUUAGCAGAUUUGCGUGGAGGUUUUGAGUCGUGUGCGUAUAUAUCCCGUCAGGAUUCUGCCCUUAUAUUAAUAAUACUGUUGUGGGAUGCUUCAGAAAGCCUAAUAUCUCCUGCCAAUUCUAUUUCCGUCCUUCUGUGAUCUUCAUGGAUAUUCUUUUAGAAUAUGAGUGCAAACAUUGCAGGCUUGUGGAAAAUCUGCCCUAAUUUACAUCCAAUAGCAUUGCAUCCCUAGUGGGAUUUAGCUUUUAACAGUCUCCCUGAUCAGAAAAUCCUUGCCAAAUUAAUAUUUUAUGCUAUUAAAUUGGUUAUGUUGUCUUUGACAGUCUUAGUCUAACUUUCUUAAUCCGAGAAGCAGGUCAGUUCCUUGUAAAAGUAAUUUGGAAGUUAUUCCCAAAGUCUGUCCUUUCUUUAUCACUAAGGAAAAGUAGAUCCACUGAUUUAAAGUUAUGAUGCUAUUCUUGGCCCAUACAUAGCUCAUACAAAUGCUGUUUUUCAGCCCUUAUAACAAUUUAGUUUUUUUCUAUCCUCCUUACUUUCUCCCUCUCUUUAUCGCUCUGUUUUGGGCACAGAAAACACUAACAAUACACUCUUAGAAAAAAGGGCUCCUAAAGGGUUCUUUGGCUGUCCCCAUAGGAGCUACCUUUUUGGUUCCAGGUAGAACUCUUUUGGGUUCCAUGCAGAACCCUCUGGGGAAAGGGUUCUACAUGGAACCCAAUAGGGUUCUACCUGGAACCAAAAGGGUUCUACCUGGAACCAAAAAGGGUUCUCCUAUUGGGACAGCCAAAGAACCCUUUUAGGUUCUAGAUAGCACCUUUUUUUCUAAGAGUGUACUGUUUUCCCUUCCUCCCUCCUUUCUCCCUCUGUUUAUCUCUCUCUUCAUCUCUCUGUCUCUCAUGUAGGAGAUGUUUGACAUCAUCCUGGAUGAGAACCAGCUGGAGGAUGCGUGUGAGCACAUGGCUGAUUACCUGGAGGCCUACUGGAAGAGCACCCACCCCGCCAGCUGCAACCCCCCCAACCCGCUGCUGGCCAAGCUGGCCACAGCCGCCCUGCCCUCCAGCCCCGCUCCCGUCUCCAGCAUACAGGUACAGGUGCUGACCAGGCUCCAGGGCCCAGACAGGGAGAGCAGGGAGGGCAGGGAGACCAGUAGCUCACUGGCCAUGAGCAGCCUGUACCGCCACUGAGUCAGAGUCAUGACACACUGACCACGGUAGGAAAGAGCAGGGCAGAGAGAGAGGAAUAGGAAUAGAGAGACGAGGGACAUGACUGGUGCUGGGCCUGCUAACCAUGACUAGUCAAGAUCAUUAAGUCUGGAAAGUGCACUGACAACUCAGGAGCUUGUGUUUUGAAUUGGUUUAACAUGGUGGGUUGCUAUAAUGAAUUCGUUUGAAAUAGUUAAUACUUAUAGGCAAAGGAAUGAAUAGGGUGAUCAUGAUGUGUUUUGCAUUAUGCACUUUUGUCAGUUUGGGAAUAAUUAUCUAUUUGAAGGUUCUGUAUUUAACGGUGAGCAGCGAACAAUUAGUUUGGGUCAUUUGAUUGAUUCAGAUCUGUUUCAUUUGUAUUUAAAAUGUCCACAUCUUUUCCCCAUCCCCAUGCAUUGCUCCCCAUUGGGAAAUGUAAGACUGAAACUCCUGACAAUGAAAGUCCUUUUGAAACUCCUGAAAAUGCUGAUGAAAAUGCUUCUGAUGAGUGAGGUUAACAUGUCUGUGAUUGUGGUGAGUGAGAUACUCAGUCACAAGAGCUGUGUGGACUUCAGGGUUGCGUCUCAAAUGGCACCCUAUUCCCUAUAUGGUGCACUACUUUUGACCAGUGCCCAUAGGGCUCUGGUCAAAAGUAGUACACUAAAUAGGAAAUAGGGUGCCAUUUGGGACUCGGACAAAGUGUUAGUAUUCCAUGGGGAUUCAGCCUUGGUCCUGGAGACUUAAAAUAAUAAACCAGGCUAAAUCAAUCUGAAAGCAAACGGAUAUGAUGAUUUUUAAGGAAACUGUAUUCUCCAGGACCAUAGUCAACCUUCAAUGGUUGGUUGAUAACCUAUAUUCAACCUUUGAGUGUGCAGUGCACAUGUGUGUAUGUGUACAAGUGUGCGUUUGAAUUUCAUGCAUGUGGGUUUGCGUGUGUGUGAAUUUGAUAUACUGUCUGGAAGUGGUUGAAAUUGUGUUUGAUUUGCAUGUGUUUGAGGGUGUGUUUGUCUUUCUUACUCUGCAUACGUGUGUUGGUGUGUCUAACUGUAUUAAUGGGCAUGUUGUGUGAUGUGUUGCUAACCCCAGGGCAGCGGGGCAGAGCAGAAAGCAGGGGACAAGGCAGGACAAGGUGGGGAGAGGAAGGGCUCCAGAGAGGACCACCACCAUCAUCACCACCACAGCCAGCAUCAGAGCCAGGAGCAGCCAGACAGGGAGGGGGAGGAGGAGGAGGAGAGGGAGGAGGAGGAGGAGGAGGAGGAGGAGGAGGAGGAGGAGAGGCCCCUAAGGACAGAGUCUUCCAGGAGACCCCAGCACAUCCACCACCGCUCCUCCUCCCAGCGAACUGAGCAGCACCACAACCACCACCACCAUCAUCACAGUGGUGGCCGGGGCAAGGGCCUCUCCCGGGGGGAGACACAGGACUCCGAGACCCCCGAGAGCCGGGAAAGCAGAGAAAGCAGAGACUCAGCCUACAUAGAGCCCCGCACUCAUCUCCUACACCAGGAGGAGGAGGAGGAUUUAGGAGAGGAGGAAUAUGACGAGGAGGGGCUUGGAGAGGGGGGGCUUCCCCAGCAGCAGCAGCGCUACGAGACCCAGCCCCAACCCAGGGACCACCAUCAUCACCACCACCACCAUCACCGCGCCGGCGAGGAGGCGGGCCACGGCACGACAGGACACCACCGUUCUAAGGAGCGUAACGAGCAGGACUACAACGAGCGCAACAAGCUGCGCGGUCACCACCACCAUCAACGACCAGGCCGCGACCACCACCACCACCAGUACUAUGACCGCGACCGGGACAGGGAGGGGGAGGUGGCCCCCAAAAAGAGGGGCGACACAGGGGACUGGGCCAGAGACCCCUAUAUUCACCAGUGA